CGCACCGCCCUCACAGCGCCGCCGCCGGCGCAGCGCCCGCUCAGCCGCUCCGCACUAUCCGCUAACUAUUCGCAAUCGACCGACGUCUUGGUUGUUGGACUUGGGUUAUAAUGACUUGACUUCUGCUAAAUGAACCCGUGGACUAGUAUAAGUUUAUCGCAGUGGCGUAUUUUUUUUUUAUUGGGCGAGUGCCGAAGCGAACGCUCCCAUACGAUAAGGACUAAUAGCGUCGAGUGAGAGUUUUUUCGUGCGUUGUGCUGCCGAGGCGGCGUCAUGGAGAAGCAGUCCAGGUGGUCGGAGCAGCGCUCCGAGCAGCGUAGCGAGCAGCGCAGCGAGCAGCGCGUGCAGCAACACUCCGAGCGGCGCGAGCAAGUCGUGCAGCAGCAGGAGCGCGUGCAGCGCACCGAGCAGCACUACACACACCAGAUGCUUUCACAGCAAGUUGAAAGCGCUGGUGGCGAACGCAUACCGAUCACUUCAGGGAGACAUGGAGACUUAUCUCCACCUAUUUUCGAGCAGAUAUUUAAAAAUGCAAGAUUUGCGCAAGGUGGCAACGCUAAAUUUGAAGGAAAACUUCGAGGAAACCCAACACCUGUUGUUUCAUGGACCAGAAAAAAGGCACCUUUGGUAGAAUGCAAUAAAUACAGCAUGAGUUACAAUGAGCAAACUGGCGAUGUAUCUCUACUCAUCAAACAAAUAGGACCUGGUGACGAAGGAGAAUAUACUUGUACUGCCCGAAACCAAUAUGGUGAAGCAAUUUGUUCAGUUUAUAUCCAACCCGAAGGUGUUCCGGUGCCCACCCAUCAAGCUUCACAGCAGCAAAGCUACAAACAUGUUAGUGAAAGUGUUGAGCACAAAUCUUAUGGAACACAAGAAUAUUCAACCGAACAGUCCCGGCAAUCUCAAAGGUACGCGUAUACAAAUGGUUCCGAUAUUUCAUCGACUGAAGAUUUUAAAGUGGACACUUUUGAAUAUAGGCUGUUGAGAGAGGUUUCAUUUAGAGAAACUAUUACCAAGAGAUUUAUUGGUGAAACUGAUAUCCAUAUAAACACAGAAGUUGAUAAGUCUUUGGGACCAGUGUCGCCACCUAAAAUAUUUCAGAAACCUAGAAAUUCUAAGUUACAGGAAGGUGCCGAUGCACAAUUUCAAGUACAAUUGUCGGGUAAUCCUCGACCACGUGUAACCUGGUUUAAAAAUGGCCAAAGGAUAGUUAACUCAAACAAACAUAACAUUAUAAAUACUAAUAAUCAAACGAUCCUUAGAAUAAGAAAUACACAAAAGUCUGAUUCUGGUCACUACACUCUUUUAGCUGAAAAUCCCAACGGAUGUAUUGUAACUUCUGGGUACCUUGCCGUAGAAUCACCUCAAGAAACAUAUGUACAAGACCAAAAAUCGCAGUACGUAAUUGAUACUCAACAAGUAGAGACUGAAAGAAUAGAAGUAAAUGAAAAAGCCCUUGCCCCGCAAUUUGUAAAAGUCUGCCAAGACCGUGAUGUAACAGAAGGAAAAAUGACGCGAUUCGAUUGCCGCGUUACGGGCAGACCUUAUCCAGAAGUCACGUGGUUCAUUAACGAGAGACAAAUUCGAGACGAUUAUAAUCAUAAAAUUUUAGUAAACGAAUCUGGUAAUCAUGCGCUUAUGAUUACGAAUGUUGACCUUAGUGAUAGCGGUGUAGUUACUUGUGUAGCACGAAACAAAAGCGGAGAAACAUCUUUUCAGUGCCGUUUGAACGUAAUAGAAAAAGAACAAGUAGUUGCUCCGAAAUUUGUUGAACGUUUCAGUACUUUAAAUGUGCGGGAAGGAGAACCUGUUAUACUGAAAGCGCGAGCAGUCGGCACACCUACACCGCGAAUCACAUGGCAGAAGGACGGCGUUCCGAUUAUACCCAAUCCAGAGCUACGAAUAAAUACCGAAGGUGGAGCCUCGACAUUGGAUAUACCUAGAGCCAAGGCGUCGGAUGCGGCAUGGUAUCAGUGCACUGCACAAAAUGUCGCAGGCUCCACAGCCACUCGGGCGAGGCUUUAUGUGGAAGUACCAAAAGAGCCUCCGCCUGAGCAAAAGCGUCUGCACUUACCGCGACCCACGAAAAUAAUUGAGCCAGAGCCCGCACCUGGACCAGAAAUUAUAUAUUUAAGGCACGUGGAAAGAGCACGACCAUACGUUCCUCCGGGUGAAGAAGACCGCGUUUAUCCUCCACCACAGUUCAUAGUACCACUAAAAAGUGUAACACAAAUGGAAGGUGGUAAAAUUCAUUUUGAAACGAGGAUAGAACCGGUCGGCGACCCAACGAUGAAAAUUGAGUGGUUGAAAAAUGGACAAAGCAUUGAAGCCAGUUCAAGAUUUACCUCAGUAUUCCGUUUCGGGUAUAUUUCUUUAGACAUGCUCAGUCUUAAUAUUCAAGAUAGUGGUGAAUAUACGUGCAGAGCAGUAAGUGCUACUGGCAUUGCAGAAACCAAAGCGAUUUUACAAGUGACUCCCAGAGCGACAAUUGAAAGAGCAAGUCAACAUCCAGAAAGUUUGCAAUAUAUUCAGCAAUUAGAAGACUAUUCCAAAUAUCAACAUCAGGAGUCUAUUGAAGAACAAACAUCGCAAAGGCCACAAUUCAUAAGACCAUUACAAGAUCUUGGCGAACUACAAGAAGGCCGGAAUGCGCAUUUUGAAGCGCAACUUACUCCAGUUAGCGAUCCUACUAUGAGGGUGGAAUGGUACAAAGAUGGCAAAUCUAUUACAGCCAGCUCGCGAAUCACAGCAAUCUUCAACUUCGGCUACGUCUCCCUUAACAUCAUGCACCUACGGGCUGAAGAUGCAGGUUCGUAUACAGUGAGAGCUGUUAAUAGAUUAGGCGAAGCUAUCAGUACCGCAUCGAUCAGAGUAGCUGCUAGGAGUACAGUUACCACAGAUCUCGGUAUACCUGAACAACGUAGAUAUAUAGAGAAGACUGAGCAGUUAGAAGCUUAUCAACAACAACAGCAUCAAAAGUACUAUCAGGAAAUACCUGAGAGUACACAGAGACCAGAAUUUAAAACACCAAUCAAAGAUCAAAUUAAUAUAAAAGAAGGGGGCUUUGCGCAUUUUGAAGCUCGCCUUGAACCAAUUGGAGAUUCCACACUUAGAGUGGAAUGGUUAAAAGAUGGACGUCCAGUAGAAGCUAGUUCACGAAUUACUACGUUCUUCAAUUUCGGAUAUGUAGCUUUAACCAUAAAAUCUGUAACUAUUCAUGAUGCCGGUCACUAUACAUGUCGAGCCUAUAAUGUACUUGGUCAAGCUACUACAAGUGCCAAUCUCACUAUAGUUACAAGAAAAGAUAUUAUAGCUGAAUCACAGCAUCCUGGAGGACUAGAAAAAAUUCAGUACUUAGAAGAUUCUAGUAAGUAUUCGAGACGAACGGACGAAGAUGUUAGAAUUACUCAAAAACCUAGAUUCCUUGGCCCUUUGAAGGGUACAAAUAAAAUUGUAGAAGGACAAAGCGCCCAUUUUGAGGCAAGAGUAGAGCCACAAAGCGAUUUAACAAUGACUGUCGAAUGGUAUUUUAAUGGAAAGCAAAUUAAAUCGGCUAAUCGAAUUCAAACCUAUCACAAUUUCGGUUAUGUGGCUUUAGACAUAACUAGUGUCCGGGCAGAAGACGCUGGCGUUUAUACCGUGGUAGCACGUAACGCUGCUGGGGAGGCGCAACUCAGUGCUUCUAUGUUAGUUGAAACCCGCUCAAGUAUUGAUACUUCAAGCAUACAUCGUGGCUUGUACGAAAAAACACGACAAAUAGAAGAAUCAAAAUUUGUUGAACCGAUGUAUCAUAUUGAAGAAAUCUCGAAAUCAAAGCCUGUUUUCGUACAACCUUUAUCAGAUCCUCAACCCGUGUCCGAAGGUAAAAAUAUUCACCUCGAGUGUCGACUGGAACCUAUGGGUGAUCCUACAAUGAGAGUUGAAUGGUUCCAUAAUGGAAGAGCAGUAACAGUAGGAUCUCGAUUUAGGACUUACUACGAUUUUGGCUUUGUAGCAUUGGAUAUUAUUCAUGCUACUUCGGUUGAUUCAGGUGAAUACACUGUUAGAGCAGUUAACCAUUUGGGGUCAGCGCACACAUCAGCAAUGGUGAGGAUUAUUGAAAGAUCAGAUAUUUUAACUGAUACUCAAAAUGAGCAAGCUGUAGAACAAAUUCAAAUGCUAGAAGAUGCUAGUCGUCGUAGCAAACACGUGCAAGAAGAUAUAACAGUCAUGCAAGCGCCUCAAUUUUCAAGGGCGUUACAUAAUAUUGAAACCGUAGAAGGUACCAAUGUGCACUUAGAAUGUAGACUGCAACCAGUCGGGGAUCCUACUAUGAAAGUAGAAUGGUUCUGCAAUGGCAGACCAAUUAAAACAGGUCAUAGGUUUAGACCAGCUUACGAAUUUGACUAUGUCGCCUUAGAUCUUUUAAGCGUAUAUCCAGAAGACUCCGGUGUAUAUACAUGUCAAGCAACAAAUCAAUUAGGAGAAGCUGUUACGUCUUGCGCCUUGCGAGUCAUGGCCAAGAAAGACUUAAUUUUCGAAUCACAGCAUCCUUCUGGCUUAGAAAAAAUUCAAUAUUUAGAAGAUACUACUCGUUAUAAAAAAACAGAUGUUGUAGAUGAAUCUAUAAGUAUCAAGCCUCGAUUUAUUACAAAGCCGAAGUCAAUUGACAGUGUUAAAGAAGGUAACCAUGUUCACUUUGAGUGUAAGCUGGAACCAGUUACUGACUCAAAUCUAAAAGUUGAAUGGUUUAAAAAUGGUCAACCAGUUACAAUCGGCCAUAGAUUUAGGCCAAUCCACGAUUUUGGUUAUGUAGCCCUUGAUAUCAUUGACCUUAUAGCCGAAGACUCAGGUGUUUAUACAUGCAGAGCUGUUAACCUUGUUGGCACUGAUGAAGUGAAUUGCAAAUUAACGUGUCGAGAAACGGCCGAUAUUAUAAGAGCUACUCAAAAUGAAGUAGGUUUAGAACAGAUACAAGUUUUAGAAGAUAGAUCUAAAUAUCACAGAACUGAUAUUAUUGAUGAAAUAACUACUCAAGCACCCAUAUUUACAACAUCAUUGAAAAAUGUUGAAAUCAAAGAAGGACAACGAGCCCACUUUGAGUGUAGACUCAUUCCCGUUUCUGAUGCAACAAUGAAAGUAGAAUGGUAUCAUAAUAAUAAGCCGCUAAAGAGUGGUUCUAGAUUUACGGAGACAAAUAACUUUGGUUUUGUUGCACUCGAUAUUAUGUCUUGCUUGCCAGAAGACUCAGGUACAUAUACCUGUAGAGCAAUCAACGCCCUUGGAGAAGCUGUAACAUCGGGCACUGCAAUAGUACAUUCGAAGAAAUCAAUUUAUCUAGAAUCCCAACAUGAAGGUGCUCUACCAAGACUUACACAGCUAGAAGAUUCUACAAGACAUCAAAGACAAUCGACGCAAGAAGAAUUAGUUACCCAAGCGCCUGUUUUUACUAUGCCCAUGAAGGACAUUCGAGUUGCCGAAAAUCAAGCAGUUCACUUUGAAGCCAGACUUAUACCAGUAGGUGACCCGAAAUUAAGAGUUGAGUGGUUGAGGAAUGGAGUUUCUAUUGAAGCUUCAAAUCGUAUCACUACCAUGCAUGACUUUGGCUACGUUGCUCUGAACAUGAAGUAUGUGAAUCCUGAAGACUCGGGUACCUAUACUUGUCGAGCAAUAAAUGAACUUGGAGAAGCGGUUACAUCAUCUACGCUCUUCGUUCAAUCUAAAGCAUCUUUACAAUUAGAAACGGUUCAUGAAACUGCGUUGCAAAAAAUACGACAGUUGGAAGAUACUUCCCGCUAUCAACGCAGAGAAGAAGUUGAAAUUGCUGUAAACCAAGCUCCUCGAUUUAUUACACAAUUAAAUGGGCCUUCUAAAUUAGUCGAAGGGCAGAGUGCGCAUUACGAGUGUAGAAUAGAACCUUAUCCCGAUCCGACUAUGCGAGUCGAAUGGUACUUUAAUGGAAAAGUUUUACAAAGUGGGCACCGCUAUCGCACGGCUUAUGACUUUGGCUUCGCAGCCCUUGAUAUUCUAACAGUAUACGGAGAAGAUUCUGGUGAAUACACUUGUAAAGUUAUCAAUAACUUGGGUCAAGCAACAUCAUCUAUCAAACUCAAUGUUCAAUCAAAAGAAUCAAUUAUUAGAGAUACACAACAUGAGAGUGCUUUAGAAAAAAUUCAAUAUCUUGAAGAUGACAGCAGAUAUAAGCGAGUCGUUACAGAUGAAGGAUUUAUUGCUGAGAAACCUCAAUUUGGAAAACCUCUCAAAAAUGUACACGUUGCCGAGGGCCAAUCGAUACAUCUAGAGGCUACCUUAACUCCCGUAAAUGACCCCACAAUGCGUGUAGAAUGGUAUUGUAAUGGUAGACCUAUUCAACAGGGCCACAGGUUUAAGACUACCUAUGACUUUGGUUAUGUGGCAUUAGAUGUUUUGUAUGCUUAUGCAGAAGAUUCUGGAACUUACAUGUGCAAGGCGACAAAUGCUGUCGGUGAAGCAGUAACAACCAGUUCUGUAAAUGUAGAUGCCAUGGCUUCAUUGUAUCUGGACACAUUAGAUGAACAACGCUUGAAAAAGAUCAAAGAGCUCGAACAAUACGAGAGGCCAAAAGCCGUCGAAGAAGAUAAACCAGGACAACGGCCUGUAUUCUUAACUGCUUUAACUAGCUUAGAGAACCUUAAAGAAGGUGACCGCGCUCACUUCGAGUGUAGAGUAGAGCCUAUUAAUGAUCCUGAUCUUAAUAUUGAAUGGUUCCUUAAUGGUAAAAAAAUAAAGACAGGUCACAGGUUUAGAACAACACAUGACUUUGGAUACGUCGCAUUUGAUAUAUUAUAUUCCUACGCUGAAGAUUCUGGAACGUACAUGUGUAAAGCCACUAAUAAACUCGGAGAAGCAGUAAACACGUGCACGUUGAAGGUUGCAAGUCAUCGAAAUAUUAUCUUAGACACUCAACAUCCUAAUGGCCUUGAGAAAAUAAGACAAUUAGAGGCUCAAGGUCAUCAAGCAAGAAUAGAAGUUGAAGAGCCUAAGAUUUCGCCUCCAAAAUUUGUAACAGAACUCAGGGGAACAACCCAUGUUUUUGAGGGUCAAACGGCACACUUUGAAUGCCAAGUUGAGCCAAUACACGAUCCCAAUUUGCGCAUUGAGUUCUAUCACAACGGCAAAGCAUUGCAAUCUGCGUCACGGUUCCAUAUCACUUUUGAUUUUGGUUAUGUGUCAUUGGAUAUACAGCACUGUGUCCCAGAAGAUGCAGGCGAAUAUUCUGUAAAAGCGAUUAACGCUCUUGGUCAGUGCACUUCCUCGAUUUCAAUGACUGUAACCGCAAAAGGUAGUAUUAUAUCGGAAUCUCAACGUCCAGAAGGUCUCGAGAAAAUUAGAGAAUUAGAAUCAACUGAACCAUUUAAAAGGCCAGAAAUACCUGAGCCCGUCACUAGGCAAAGACCUGUCUUUACGCAGCCUCUCCAAAACAUCGAUAAUAUACAAGAGGGACAGACGGCUCACUUUGAUUGUAGACUUAUUCCUGUUGGAGAUCCAACACUCAAAGUAGAAUGGUUCAGAAAUGAAAAAUUAAUAGAAGACAGUUCUAGAAUAACCAAAACACAUGAUUUUGGAUAUGUUUCUAUGACUAUUUCUCACGUGCGUGAUGAAGACGAAGGUGUUUAUAUGUGUAGAGCAUCAAAUUUAUUAGGUGAAGCAGUUACAACAGCUGCCAUGAAAAUAAAAACAAAAGCAUCAAUUCAAAUGGAUACACAGCAUCCAGAAGGAAUGAAGAAAAUUCAAAAAUUGGAAGAACCCCUGGCUAGAAAAGCUGAUGAACCAGAAAGAGAAUUUGAAAAACCAAUCUUCACUCAGGUUUUGACCGGUCCAUCUGAACUAUGGGAGGGGCAACACGCUCAUUAUGAAGCUCGAGUGGUCCCUGUUGGCGAUCCUAGCCUGCGAUUUGAAUGGUAUAUUAACGGCGUUGAACUUAAAAUGGGUUCACGAUUCCGCACUACGCACGAUUUCGGUUUUGUUACUUUGGACAUAAAUUCAGUUGUUGCACAAGAUGCAGGAUUAUAUAUGUGUAAAGCAAUAAAUAAGGCAGGAAGCACUGUGUCUUCCACUUCUCUUAAAGUAAAAACAAAAUCAACAAUUAUUGAUGAAGCUUUGAGACCUGAAUCAUGGCAAAAAAUUCAGAUGAAAGAGGCAGCAAUGAAUAAAGUACCAGAAAUGUUUAUUGACACUGGUGUUCAACAAGCUCCGAUAUUUACCACUCACCUUAAAAGCUAUGAUAAGCUUGUUGAAGGACAACAUGUUUAUUUGGAAGCCCAAGUUGAACCACGGACGGAUCCUAACUUAAGAAUUGAGUGGUUUAAGAAUGGAGUAUCAUUAACCACUGGAUCAAGAUUAAAGAGCACUUUUGACUUUGGCUUGGUAACGCUCUCUAUUAACUCUUUAAGAAUUGACGAUUCAGGUAUAUAUACAUGCAAAGCUACAAACUUGAUGGGUGAAGCGGUUUCCACUGCUUCGAUUAAAAUUGAAGACCGUCAUUGGCUGCUUGGUGAAUCAUUACACCCGCAGUCUUUAGACCGUAUCGGAGCACUAGAACAACCUAAACCAACUAAGCCAGAAACACCUGAACCAGUUUAUGAGACUCCUGUUUUUAUUUCUCAUCUUAAUAACAUCAUAUGCAAGGAGGGUGACAAUAUUCACUUUGAGUGCAAUGUUGAACCAUCUCGAGACCCGACGCUAAAGAUUGAAUGGUUCUUCAACAACAAACCUUUGCCGUCCGGGACUAGAUAUAAGAGUACCCAUGAUUUUAGCUAUGUGUCAUUGGAUAUUACGCAUACCUAUGAAGAAGACUCUGGUAUUUACACAUGUAAAGCUACUAAUAGCAAGGGAUCUGCUACAACAUCUGGUUCAUUGAGGUGUACUGGAGAUAAACAUAUUUAUUUGGACACUCAGCAUCCACAAGGCAAAGCUGGUUUAGAAGCUGUUGAACAAGCAGAAGAAGCAAGACUAUCCAAAACAAGAAGGACAUCUGUUCCAGAUGCAGAAUAUCCUAAGCCUGAAUGGGUGGUACCAGUGGCUGCUGAACAUCAGUUAAUUGAAGGACAAGCUCUUCAUCUUGAGGGUCAAGUCGAACCCAAGAAUGAUCCUGAUUUAAAGAUUGAAUGGUAUUUCAAUGGCAAAGUUUUAGAGCAAGGCUCUCGGUUUAAAUUAACAAGCGACUUUGGUUUUGUUACAUUAGAUGUAACUGACGUAUAUGAGAGGGACAGUGGAAUUUAUACAUGUAAAGCUUAUAAUAAAAAAGGAGAAGCGUUUACCUCUUCUACAAUUUAUUGCACCAGUAAAGAAAACCUUAUUGAAAGAACUCAGCAUCCAAAAGGUAAAGAGGGAUUAGAAAAAAUACAAAAUCUCGAAGAAUCUCUUCGAAGAGAGCCUGGACAGAAGCCCGAAGAUGAUACAGGAAGACCACCUGAAUUUGUGACCGUCUUCCAAGAUAUUACUGAUAUUAGUGAAGGUCAGAUUGCUCACUAUGAGGCAUCUUUAAUACCCACCGGUGACCAAAGUAUGGUAAUCGAAUGGUUUUAUAAUGGUAAAUCAAUUGAAGCUAGUCAUAGGAUUCGUACAGUAUAUGCUUUUGGAAUGGUGGUGCUCGAAAUUUUGGGUACAAAGACUUCUGAUUCUGGAGUAUACUCUUGUCGUGCUACAAAUAAAUGGGGACAAGCCGAAAUAAAUGUUAAACUUGAGUGUGUAGACAAAAGCAAAGGACAAAAACCUAAGUUUACUACACAUAUACAGAGCAUCGAAGGUCUUAAAGAUGGCCAAUCAGCACACUUUGAGUGCACUGUAAUUCCAGUUGAUGAUCCGGACAUGAAGAUCGAAUGGUAUCAUAAUGGCCAGCCAUUGCGUCAUUCUACAAGAAUAAAAACUAUUUCUGAUUUCGGUUUUGUAGUACUUGAUAUUGCGUACACCCAGAAUCAUGACACCGGAGAAUAUAUUUGUCGUGCCUAUAACAAAUAUGGCGAAGAUUUUACUAAAGCAACUAUAAAUUGCUAUGGAAAGGGUGGAGUUUAUUCAGAUAGCUUACAACCUGAAUCUCUAGCAAAGAUCAGGGAGCUAGAAAGCUUGCAAGGCAUGCAACAACAGGUACAAGCACUCGCUUCUGCUGAACCACCUAAAUUUAUAACACAGAUACAAGACGUAACAAAAUUAGUGGAAGGACAAAGCGCCCACUUCGAAGCAAGACUGACUCCUGUGGACGAUCCCGAUCUUAAGGUUGAAUGGUUCUAUAACGGUAAAAAAUUACCACAUGGGCACAGAUAUAGAACUUUCCAUGACUUUGGAAUUGUUAUUUUAGACAUUCUGUAUUGUUACGAAGAGAAUUCUGGGGAAUAUGAGUGUGUCGCGACGAACAAAUUGGGUCGAGAUUCAACAAAAGCCAUUCUAAAAUGCACAUCAAAAGAAAAUUUAAUUCUGGACUCGCAACUCCCGCGGGGCAUGGAAGGUGGUUUACAGAAAUUACAAACACUAGAAGAUUCUAUGAUACGCAGAAAGGAUACUGAAGUAGAAGAAAAACGUGGAAAAGCUCCCGUUUUUACAGUUCCUUUAUCAAACAUUGAGAAUCUAAGAGAGGGUGAGAACGCUCACUUUGAGGCUCGUUUAACGCCGACUGAUGACCCUAAUCUUAAAGUGGAAUGGUAUUGGAAUGGAAAAUCUUUGAAGGCUGGGUCUAGAUUUAGAACAUUCUGCGAUUUCGGUUUUGUAAUACUCGAAAUAUCUCCAACUUAUCCCGAAGACUCUGGUGAAUACUUAUGCAGGGCAUAUAAUAAUUACGGCGAAGCAGUGACAACAGCUACAAUGAAAGUACAAGGAAAGAGAAACAUUAUUUUAGAAUCCCAAUUACCAAAAGGUAUGGAGGGCACAAUCGACAAGAUAGCUGCCCUGGAAGGAUACACUGGUACUGUUGACUCACUUACACCAGAAACAGAAAGUGGUAAUCCCCCUGAAUUUACUACGACACCGUCUGAUCUCAUAUUAUCGGAAAAUUCAUCAGCUCAUUUCGAAUGCCGUUUGAUUCCUGUCAAUGAUUCCAGCAUGAUAGUUGAAUGGUUCCAUAAUGGCAAACCACUUUUAACUGGCUCUAGAGUAAAGACAAUCAAUGAUUUCGGUUUCGUAAUAUUAGAGAUUGGUGGUGUAUAUCAACGCGACGCUGGCCUUUACACUUGUAAAGCAACAAACCGACACGGUGAAGCAACAGUGUCAUGUAAACUUCAGGUCAAAGGUAGACAAGGUAUUAUCCUAGAGCCUCAGUUACCUUCUCAUUUUAAAUCUGGCACUGAAAGUAUUCAAAAACUAGAAGAGACGCUACACAAACGCGAGGAAAUUACAAUUGAGGAUGAAAAACCAAAUCCUCCUAAAUUUACUGUUGAAAUUAAGGAUAACCUUGAUGUAAACGAAGGAGGGCCUAUUCAUUUCGAUUGCCGAGUUGAACCUGUCGGUGAUCCCACUAUGAGAAUUGAUUGGUUUUAUAAUGGUAGACCUUUUGCGACGGGAUCUCGUGUACACAUGCUAAACGAUUUUGGAUUUAUUGCUUUGGACAUUGAUUACAUAUACACGAGAGAUGCUGGUGAAUAUACUUGCCGUGCUACCAAUAAGUGGGGUUCAGCAACGACAACUGCUAAAGUCACAUGCAGUACUAAGCGUGACAUUAUCUUAGAAUCCCAGUUACCACAAGGUAUGAGUGGCGAGAAAAUCAAAGAAUUGGAAAGAGGGCGCGUAAGCGACGCUCCUAAAGAAGAACCCGUAGUGAAUACACCACCUAAAUUCAUUACUCAAAUUCAAUCGCACACUAUAGAAGAAUCUGAAUCUGUGCGUUUUGAAUGCCGCGUUGAACCAAAACAAGAUCCUAAACUACGAAUCGAGUGGUACAGAAACGGUAAACUUUUACCUUCAGGUCACAGAUUCCGAACGGUGUAUGAUAUGGGAUUUGUUUCUCUUGAUAUUUUAUAUGUUUAUGCUGAAGAUUCAGGCGAAUAUGUAUGCCGUGCUGUAAAUGACUUUGGAGAAGAUUUUACCAAAGCGACUGUAUCUUGCAAACAACUGCCAGACAUAAUUUUACAAAACCAAGUACCGAAAGGCAUGAAGAAAUCGGAAGCAUUAACUCAAAUGGAGGCAACUAUUAAAAAAUAUACUUCCGAAGUAUUCUUAACCGAAGACGAUCUUUUUGACAUCGAUAAGAAACAACCUCCUCGGUUUGUAACACAAAUACAAAGUCAAACUACCUUGAUUGAAAUGGAAUCGACCAAAUUUGAAUGUCAACUAGCGCCCGUUGGAGAUCCUAACAUGAAAGUUGAAUGGUUCUUCAAUGGCAAACCUCUGUUACACAAAAAUCGCUUUACACCUAUUUAUGACUUUGGUUACGUUGCCAUGAACUUCGGCUGGGUAUAUCCAGAAGAUAGCGGUGAAUAUCUCUGUCGAGCUACUAAUUUGUAUGGUAUGGAUGAAACCAGAGCAGUUAUAAAAACUACCGGCAAACCAGGCAUUGUAUAUGAUUCUCAAUUGCCAAAGCAUAUGAAGAGUAUUGAAAAAAUACGGGAGAUGGAAGCUUCUUGGCAAGUUGGGCCUGAACAAGCCGUGGAAGAAACUAAACCUCGUUCAGCUCCAGUGUUCGUAAGCCGCCCAGAACCAGUAACAGUCGAGGAAGGAGAGUGGGCACGUUUUUGCUGUCGUGUGACAGGCCAUCCAAAACCACGCGUGAUGUGGCUCAUCAAUGGAAAUACUAUAGUGAAUGGGUCUCGAUACAAGUUAACAUAUGAUGGAAUGUACCAUCUUGAUAUACCAAAAACCAGGCAAUAUGAUACAGGCAAAAUCGAAGUUAUUGCUAGAAGUUCAGUAGGGGAAGCUUUAGCAACCACUGAGUUAAAAGUUAUACCGAGACACGAUGAUUAUAGAGGUGUUCUCAAAAACGCACCAAGGCCUUGGUAUGAUGAAACAACUCAAUAUCAACGCACUGAAACUGAGUUAGAAAAAACAUUCGAAGAAAGGCAAACUAUGCAACGUCAGGGUGUUAUUGACCACAGACCUGAGUUGAAGCCAAAACUAGUUAAGGAUGCUGAAACAGAAUGGCAACAGACAGUGAAGAAAAAGAAGAGUGAGGAGUAUUACAAUAAAUUGCAGGAGCUUGAAAAUGAACAAAUUGUAAAAGAGAGUCGGUUGAGAGAGUCUUCUCGUCAAUAUUCUAUUCCUGGAGAGAAAGUAACAAGCUCUUCAGUCGCUAGAAGUAUGGCACAGAAAUAUGAAGACAAUUUGGAUAUAACAGAAGAAGUUGUUGAAACGCAAACUCAAAAGAAAGUUCAAAAGCCGAGAAUACCUGGACCAUCAGAAUCUACAGUUCACGGCAAGGAAGUGCAUGUCGCAAAACAAAAACAAAUACAAAAAGAAGUUGUUGGUGAUACAGAAAUUACUCGAAAAAUUACAUCAACAGAAACAACUGAAGUAGAACAUAAAGCUCAAACGCAAGAGAGAGUGGUUGAGGGCCCUGUCAAACCUUGUACACCACCGGUAUUUACUAAAAAAAUGCAACCUUGCCGUGUUUUUGAACAUGAACAAGCUAGAUUUGAGGUAGAGUUUGAUGGAGAUCCAUUACCACAAAUAAAGUGGUAUCGUGAAAACUUUCCUAUUAAGAAUUCACCAGAUUUCCAAAUUCAUACAUUCAGCACCAAAUCCGUUCUUAUAAUCAGACAAGUUUUUGUUGAAGAUUCUGCAGUAUUUGCAGCCGUAGCUGAAAAUAGAGGUGGUACUGCAAAAUGUAGUGCUAAUUUAGUUGUGGAAGAACGUAGACGUCAAGGCAGGGGUGGAGUUAUCCCGCCUAGUUUCACUUUGACAGCGCAAAACGUCAAUGUCACAGCUGGUCAAUUGGUGAGAUUUGAUACCAAAGUUACAGGAACAAAACCUAUCGAUGUUUACUGGUUGAAAAAUGGUAAGAAAGUUCAACCAGAUAUAAGGAACAAGAUCUUGGAGGAAGAUGGCACAUAUACUCUUCUUAUUUUAGAAGCUUUUACGCAAGAUUCAGGUAAAUAUGAAUGCGUGGCCAUAAAUAGCUCAGGCGAAGCAAGAUGCGAUGCUGAAUGCGCAGUUAAUGCUCCAGCUACUAAAGAUAAACCAAAGCCCCAAACAAAAUCAGCUAAUUCUCCGCCCGAAAUAAUAGAACCGCUAAAAGACAAGGUGGUCACUGAAGGACAAGCUAUUGAAUUUGGAUGUAAGAUUGUCGGUAAGCCUGUUCCUACGGUGCAAUGGUAUAAAGGUGAAAAAUUAAUUAAGCCAUCCAAGUACUUCCAAAUGUCUAGAACUGCGGACGAUUACACUCUACGUAUUUCUGAAGCUUUUCCAGAAGAUGAGGGUGACUACAAAUGUGUAGCUUAUAACUUAGCCGGUCGUGUGACUGUUGCUGCUAAACUUAAAGUUCUGCAACCAGACCAGGCGGAAAACUUACCGACGCUUACACCUCUACGUGAUGUUGUCGUAUACGAGGGUCAACCCGCACAGUUUAAAACUCACAUCACUAGCAAAGCAAAGCCAACCAUCCAGUGGUUACGAGAAGGUGCUCUUAUACCGGAAACUCCUGAUUUUCAAAUGAUACACGAGGGCAAUAACGCUGUGUUGUUGAUUGGCAACACAUAUGAAGAGGACACCGGCACAUUCACUUGCCGUGCUACAACAGCCGCGGGCCAGGUCGAGACCUCGGCUAAGCUAGUCGUCAAAAAAUCAAGAAAAGACGAAACUCGAAAGAUUUAUGACCAGAAGACAGAGAACUCAAUCGAAAAAACAAAAGAUUACCAAGAUUUAACAAGCAGAGUUGUACAUCAAUCAACAGAAGAAACGAAUAUUUUAAAACUACAAAAAAUAGUUGAUGUACAAACGCGCCAAGUGCCGUGGAGAAAAAAGCCUCAAGAUCAGUCAAUCGAAACAAAAGCAGAAGAUAUUUUACAGACAAAACACUGGCGAAAAACACGUGCUGAAGACUCUUCGAAAAUUAAAAAAGUAACAUCUCAAGAUAAAAAUAUACUAUCUGUAGAAAGCGAACAAUUAGACACAGAUAGAAAAAAAAAGAAAAUUGAACACGUUAAAGACGAUGCCAUUGAUAUAAAAAAGAAAGAAAUUUCAUCCACCGAAAAUGUUACAAAAGAACCAGUACCAUGGACUCAAGAAGGAAUUAAAUUGCGUCCUACAAAGAUAGAAAAAGUGGCCAUCCAAAAAGAUAAAAUAGAAGAUGUUAGCUUAAAACAAGUAAGAAAAAGUUCUCUUCAGAAAACUGAAACGCUAAUUAUAGAAGAGUCCCUAACAGCUGUUGAAGAUACGGUAAUACUAAAGGUCACAGAUUCUGACAAAAUACUAUCAGAAACAAGUAGUGAAACGCCAAUAUGGCGUCGCAAAAAGAAACAUACUGAAAAAACCGAAACUCAAUCGGACGUAGUUGUAGAUGAAUUUCAAAACCUAACGAAAGUUUAUCAUGAAGAAGGAAAAUCUCUGGAAGUAUACCAAAAAUCAAAACCAAAGGAAAAAUCAAUAGAACAACCUAAAGAGGUCACUUGGCGCACUGGCAAGAGAAAACCUAUAGAAGAACAAACUAGAGAAGUGAUAGAUCUAAAACCUAUUCGCAAAAAUGAGACAAUCAGUAAAGAGAAACCUGAAGAUGGUGAACACCCUAUUGAAGAAGUGGUGCUUAAGCCUGUGCCCAAAACAAAGCCACUUAAAGAUGAAGAACUUGUUGAAGGUGUGGUGCUCAAACCUGUGCCAAAAUCAAUGGGAUCUGAAGACGAAGAACAACCACUUAUCGUACAUCUGAAACCCGCUUCUGAAGAAAAACCUCAAGAAGUUGUACAACCUAAAGAAGUUAAAUGGCGCACAGGCAAACAGCGCCCGAAAGACGAACAACCUAAAGAAGAGGUAGUGCUUAAACCUGUGCCGAAAACCAAAGCACCUAAAGAAGAAAAACUUGUUGAAAAUGUGACACUCAAGCCUGUACCAAAAACCAAGACACUUGAAGAAGAACAUCCAGAUGUCGUUCAUUUAAAACCUAUUGUAAAAGAUAAACCGCAAGAACAAGAAAAGCCUCAAGAACUUAAAAGUACAAUUGGCAAGCAAAGUCUAAAAGAAGAAAUACUCGUUGAAGAAGUGGUGCUAAAGCCUGUGCAAAAAGCAAAGGCACCUAAAGAUGAGAAACCGGUUGAAGAAGUGGUGCUAAAGCCUGUGCAAAAAGCAAAGGCACCUAAAGAUGAGAAACCGGUUGAAGAAGUUGUACUUAAGCCUGUGGUGAAAACAAUGGCACCCGACAAAGAACUUCCGCAAGUUGUUCAAUUGAAACCAACUGGUAAAGAAAAACCAAAAGAAGAUGAAGAACCUAAAGAAGUUAAAUGGCCAACAGGCAAACAGCGACCAAACGAAGUACAACCUGUUGAAGAAGUAGUACUCAAACCUGUGCCGAAAACAAAGGCACCCGAAGAAGAACUCCCGCAGGUUGUCCAAUUAAAACCCACUGUUAAAGAAAAACCAAAAGAAGACGAGGAGCCUAAAGAAGUUAAAUGGCCAACAGGCAAACAGCGACCAAAAGAAGUGCAACCUGUUGAAGAAGUAGUACUCAAACCUGUGCCGAAAACAAAGGCACCCGAAGAAGAACUCCCGCAGGUUGUCCAAUUAAAACCCACUGUUAAAGAAAAACCAAAAGAAGACGAGGAGCCUAAAGAAGUUAAAUGGCCAACAGGCAAACAGCGACCAAAAGAAGUGCAACCUGUUGAAGAAGUAGUACUCAAACCUGUGCCGAAAACAAAGGCACCCGAAGAAGAACUCCCGCAGGUUGUCCAAUUAAAACCCACUGUUAAACAAAAACCAAAAGAAGAUGAAGAACCUAAAGAAGUAAAAUGGCCAACAGGCAAACAGCGACCAAAAGAAGUACAACCUGUUGAAGAAGUAGUACUCAAACCUGUGCCGAAAACAAAGGCACCCGAAGAAGAACUCCCGCAAGUUGUCCAAUUAAAACCCGCUGUUAAAGAAAAACCAAAAGAAGACGAGGAGCCUAAAGAAGUUAAAUGGCCAACAGGCAAACAGCGACCAAAAGAAGUGCAACCUGUUGAAGAAGUAGUACUCAAACCUGUGCCGAAAACAAAGGCACCCGAAGAAGAACUCCCGCAGGUUGUCCAAUUAAAACCCACUGUUAAAGAAAAACCAAAAGAAGACGAGGAGCCUAAAGAAGUUAAAUGGCCAACAGGCAAACAGCGACCAAAAGAAGUGCAACCUGUUGAAGAAGUAGUACUCAAACCUGUGCCGAAAACAAAGGCACCCGAAGAAGAACUCCCGCAGGUUGUCCAAUUAAAACCCACUGUUAAAGAAAAACCAAAAGAAGACGAGGAGCCUAAAGAAGUUAAAUGGCCAACAGGCAAACAGCGACCAAAAGAAGUGCAACCUGUUGAAGAAGUAGUACUCAAACCUGUGCCGAAAACAAAGGCACCCGAAGAAGAACUCCCGCAGGUUGUCCAAUUAAAACCCACUGUUAAACAAAAACCAAAAGAAGAUGAAGAACCUAAAGAAGUAAAAUGGCCAACAGGCAAACAGCGACCAAAAGAAGUACAACCUGUUGAAGAAGUAGUACUCAAACCUGUGCCGAAAACAAAGGCACCCGAAGAAGAACUCCCGCAGGUUGUCCAAUUAAAACCCACUGUUAAACAAAAACCAAAAGAAGAUGAAGAACCUAAAGAAGUAAAAUGGCCAACAGGCAAACAGCGACCAAAAGAAGUGCAACCUGUUGAAGAAGUAGUACUCAAACCUGUGCCGAAAACAAAGGCACCCGAAGAAGAACUCCCGCAAGUUGUCCAAUUAAAACCUAUUGUUAAAGAAAAACCAAAAGAAGAUGAAGAACCUAAAGAAGUUAAAUGGCCAACAGGCAAACAGCGACCAAAAGAAGCGCAACCUGUUGAAGAAGUAGUACUCAAACCUGUGCCGAAAACAAAGGCACCCGAAGAAGAACUCCCGCAAGUUGUCCAAUUAAAACCCACUGUUAGAGAAAAACCAAAAGAAGACGAGGAGCCUAAAGAAGUUAAAUGGCAAACAGGCAAACAGCGACCAAAAGAAGUGCAACCUGUUGAAGAAGUAGUACUCAAACCUGUGCCGAAAACAAAGGCACCCGAAGAAGAACUCCCGCAAGUUGUCCAAUUAAAACCUAUUGUUAAAGAAAAACCAAAAGAAGAUGAAGAACCUAAAGAAGUUAAAUGGCCAACAGGCAAACAGCGACCAAAAGAAGCGCAACCUGUUGAAGAAGUAGUACUCAAACCUGUGCCGGAAACAAAGGCACCCGAAGAAGAACUCCCGCAGGUUGUCCAAUUAAAACCCACUGUUAAAGAAAAACCAAAAGAAGACGAGGAGCCUAAAGAAGUUAAAUGGCCAACAGGCAAACAGCGACCAAAAGAAGUGCAACCUGUUGAAGAAGUAGUACUCAAACCUGUGCCGAAAACAAAGGCACCCGAAGAAGAACUCAAGCAAGUUGUCCAAUUAAAACCCACUGUUAAAGAAAAACCAAAAGAAGAUGAAGAACCUAAAGAAGUAAAAUGGCCAACAGGCAAACAGCGACCAAAAGAAGAACCUCAAGUCGAAGAAAUGGCGCUCAGGCCAGUGCCAAAACAGAAGAUUCUUAAAGACAAACCAGCAGAAAAAACUAUAAGCGAAGUUAAAAGUAAACAUCAAGAAAAAACAGUAAUUGAACAAUUUGAUACAGACACAAAUGUUGAAGAAAGUAAAGAAGUUGGACCUAUAAUUAUUCAACCGAUCAAAGCCAUAACCCUAAAUGAAAACAAUGCCUUUGAACUUGAAGUUACAUUUCAACCGGAAGAAAAUAACCACGUCACUUGGUUCUGUAAUAAUAAAAUACUUAAACAAAGCGACGAUUGCUAUAUAAAUAUUGAAAAUGGAAAAUCCACAUUAAAAAUUAUGAAUGCAGAUAAAAAGAAAGUAGGCAAAUAUGAAGUAGUAAUUGAGAAGGAUAAUAUUGUUUCGAAAUCCGCAAGCACUGUUAAAUUAGCAAAGUCUAAAGACGAGGAAAACAUACAACCUCCCACUUUUAUUAAGCCUUUGCAACCAAAGCAAGUUGACGUAGGUGCUGUUGUUUUACUGGAAACAGUGGUACAGUCGAAUCCAUGUGCUUCAUUCCAAUGGUUUAUUGGUAAUAAGGAUGUUGUUAGUUAUACAAAGGAAAAUAAAAUUCACUAUAUAUAUAUAACAAACAAAAACAAUAUUUCGUGUUUAUGCAUCGAAAAUAUGACACAAGAUCUUUUUGGAAUAAUUACAUGUAGAGCUGAAAAUUUUGGGGGUUCUGUUUCAUGUUCGGCUUCACUACUGAAAAGGGAACAUACUAAGCAGUCAUUAGGCAAACCACCAGAAUUUAUCGUCAGGUUAAAAUCGGCAACAGUGAUGGAUGGAGAUGCAAUUCUAUUAAACAGCUCUGUUACUGGAGAACCAUGUCCUACAGUUGAUUGGUAUCAUAAUGAAAAAAAAAUCGAGUGGGCUAGAGAUGUAACUUUCGGUCGUCAAGAAUCGGGAUUAUGUGAACUAUGCAUAAAAGAAGCUUUCCCGGAAAUGUCGGGCAACUACACUUGCGUAGCUACAAAUGAGCUUGGGUCUAGCAGCUGCGAAUGUUUUGUAACUGUGGAAGCAUACGAAUACGUGCCUAGUGUCUCUGAAGAAGACGUUUUAAGUGACGAAAAAACAAGUGACAUUGAAGAAUUUGCUCCAAAGAUUAUAAAAGCUUUACCGACGGUCAUUUCGACUACGGAAGGGGAGUUGACGAGAUUGGAAGCUAAAGCGAUCGGUAUUCCUAAACCUGAAAUAAGAUGGUUGAAACAGGGAGUGCAGAUUGAGCAAUCUCAAGAAUAUCAAAUAGAAGAAUUAGACGACGGUACUUCGAUUUUGAUUAUCCCGGAAGUUUACCAAGACGACACCGGUGAAAUAACAUUCGAAGCCUUUAACGCGUUGGGAGUUACGUCUACUAUUGCAGCGCUGUCCGUUGAGAGUGUCGUUGGAACCAGAGAUUACAGAAAACCAGAAUGGGUAACGCAUAUGGAGGAAUUACAGGCAGCUCUUAAAGCGAGUCAAUCGGUGCCAACUUUUAUCCAGCAAAUAUUGGAGGAACGAGUUCGCGAAGAGGAGUCAGUCACCUUUGAGGCAAUUUAUAGAGGAAACCCAACACCAGAUAUCGUUUGGUAUAAAGAUGACACUGUUAUAAACUCCGAUGACAAUUUCAUUAUAGAAAACAAAGACAAUCGAACAAUUUGUAGAAUAAGAAAAGCUAAGAAAAGUUUAGAAGGAACGUAUAAAUGUAAAGCUGUAAGUGACAUUGGCAUGGCAAUAACUAAAGCUAAUUUACAAGUAUUUGAAAACAAAGAGAAUUUUGAAAAAAUAUCAACUAAGAAAACAAAAAUCUUUAAAACAGAAACGACAACAAAAGUGACAAAAGAAGCAGUGUCAUCCGUGAGUGCAAUUGAAUUCACAAAGCCUCUUGAGACAGAACAAAGAGAUGAAGAAACUGCCGAAGUUAUAUUUAGUGAGGCUGAUACUAUAGAAACUACAGAUAUUGCUACACUUAAAAACAUCGAAGAGAAAACUAAAGUUGAAAAUAAUGUAACGAAAAUAUUAGAACCAGUAAUUUUUCCACAUGAACAUUUAAUCUCUUCUCAACAACAAAAUGAGGAAACAGUACAAAAGUUGGAAAAGACAUAUGAACCACAUAAAGCAGUAUUAAAAACAGUCGAAGAAGAAUUGAAAGUGUCAGCCGAAAUUAAUGAGUUGUUAGAAGUGGUUAAUGCCAAAGAGUUUGGCCCUGGCGAGUCACCCUUGAGAGAACUAGCUAAAAUUGGAUUCAUGCUAAGAAGAGGUAUAACUACAGAAGAGAUCGAAUGUUUGUAUGAUUCAAAAUACUUCCCUGCACUUCGAGUGCCACAAUCACAAUCUGCUUUAGUGAAUUUGGUUGAACGCCAAGGUCACGGUGCUCUUAUAACUGAAGUGCUCACGGAGGAAACGACUCAAAAUGAAGAUGUCAUUGCUGCAAAAGUAGGAUUCCGGGCCUUCAUGAAGAUGGUUGAAUUAAAACAUGCUGCUGUUGAAGAGGUCAUAGCUCACUUGUAUCCAGAAGACUUCAAGCCACGUGCCUGGGAACAGAAGGAAGCUCAUGAGAUAAUCGAACAAUCAUCUACUGAAGAACUCGCCCAAACGUCAACAAUAAAAGUGAUGAAAGAUUUAACCCUUACUUCUGAUGAAAGUAAUAGAGACGAUGUCAGAGCGAAACGCAAAAAAUACAAAAAACAAAGAGUAGGUUCAGAAGAAGUAGUUGAAAAUACAGAAAUUUUGACAAAAGAAUUGAAAAACUUACAGCCACAGCAAAUAAUGGAGCAUUUAGAAGUAGAUGAGAUAGAAAUUUUAGAUGGUGAAAGCUUUGUUUAUUCUUCUGCUGUUCCCACAGAUAUUUCUGAUAAUAAAAUUGAGAUAAUACCUGCGAGUGAAGUAUCACAUAUAAUAACUGAACAGCAAACACGAAAUAUUGUGGCGAACGUAAGAUUUGACACUAGUUAUCCAGUUGUUAGUAAUGUUCAUAAUGCUCAUUACAAAGAGGAACCAUUACAAUUGAAUCAAAAACAUGUUUUGAAAAACGUAGAAGAAACCUUUAGUGAGUUAGAACCAUUAGAGAUAACCCAAGUAGAAGUUAUUAGCUCCGUUGAUGAGUAUCGAGCAAGUAAAAUAAAAAACGAUAAUACUGCUCAUACAGCUAUAGUUCCCGCAGAAACUGUAGUGACAGCUGAGACACUUACAAAUAUCUCAGCCGUGGAUAUUGAUAAAGAGGAAAUACAAAAACAGAACGCAAAGUCGACGAUAAUUUUACAGGAGGCUUUACACGUCACACAUGAUACUAUGUCAGUGAAAGAAGCACCGUUAAGAGACUCCACAAUAAGUAAAUCGUUUGCUACACCUUCGGUAUCACUUUUUACUGAACUUAACGUUACCGAAAUUAAUGAAGAAUCUAAAGAACAAGAAUUGCUCAGUCAAAAUACUGAUAAACCCGUUACUUCUAAACUUAACUUCAAUUUACUGGAAUCUGUUGAAGUUGGAGAAGUUUUUAUUGAAGACAGGUCUGGUAAAUAUUAUCCUGAAUUAAUAGUACCGACGGAAAUGGCAAAAAAAAAUAUUUUAGUGUCAAAUCAAAUUAUAACUCAAAUUCAUGAUGUUCAAGAAAAAGAGGGAACCUUGAAUGUUCCUAAGGCACCACUUUUACAAGAAGUUAAUUUAGAUAUUACAUCUGAAGACAGUAUUGUUGUUUCUAUGAAAGACAUUCAUGAAAAAGAAGGUACAUUAGAACUUUAUGAAUCUCCGGUGAGAGCUACAGUAGCAAGCGAUUUAGUUUUACAUUCAAGUUUGACUAAUUAUAUGACCACACCACAUACAAAGGAAUCGGAUUUUAAUGCAGAAUUUUUUUCUUCUAAAAAAGCUGAAAUAGCCUUUAACGAGCACCAACACAAGUUUAACACCGAAACGAACAUUAAUGAUUCUGAAAAUGCUUUACAAACGGAUGAAGUUAUCAUAGGAAAUCAAGCACGUGUGACCAUAUCAGCACUAGAUAAAAACACUGUCGAAGAAAUUCGAAUUCAUGAAAGCGAAAAAGAGUUCUUACAAAAAGACGAUAAACAAAUGGCGACAGCUAAUGUUGAUAUUAGAGCAACAGAAUCUAUAAUCAUGUCAGAAACAAUAGGAAUGUCAUCAAUGACUGAGUUGGAAAUUCCAGAUGUAGCAGAUGAUAAAGUAGCUACGGAAGCUGUUGUUACCGAGAAUGCUAAAAUUAUAUUAUCACCCUUUGUACACGAUCAAGAAACUUUGCAGUCAUACACCUCUAAACUUCCCGAAAAUAUCUCAAUAUCUUUAAUCCCUAAUAUACCUAUUUCUGUUUUAGAAACAAGGUUAACUGAUUCUGAAAAUAAACUGGAAACUGAUAAAAUUCCAGAACUUUUAAGCACUAAACCAAUAUCUACCCAUCAACUCAAAACUCCCGUCUCUUUAGAAGUAAACACCGCAGAUCAAUUGGAUUAUUUACAUCCAUUUGUUAGCAGCUAUCAUAGUGCGCAUGAACAAAGAGAUCUGCAUAAAGAACUAACUGUCUUCCAAACUACAGUUCAAGAGCAAUUGCGAAAGUUAGAUGAUAAUCCAAUUCAUGAAACUCAACCAAUAGCUUCCUUUAUGCCGAAUGAAAGUAUAAACGUUGUUGAGACAAUAUCUAAUUGUAACGAGGAAGACCUUGUCGUUCAAAACAUUUUUACAGAUAAAAUUGCCAAAAUUAAUAUUGAUAUUGAACAUAAAGUACCUAUAACAUCUGAGGUUAAUUUAAAGGAUUCCCUGAACCAGUUAGAUAAUUUGAAAUUACCACGUGAAGAAGCUGAAUUAGUGCAUAAUCUAUUUAAUCCGUUAAACAUAUCUGAAAACAAAAUCUUAGAUAGUCAAGCUUCUUUAGAAAAGAUCAUUACACCAGACAUGAAAUUUGUUAAACCUAAAUUAAUUUCAGUGGAGGAGAGUCUUAGAGUUACAGAAAUAAUGCCCAAUGAGAAAGAGGAACUUUAUGAAAACGCUGAAGCAUUUGAAUUACCUAGCACAGCUACCGCCGAUAUCGUUAGUAGACCUGUUGCAAUAUCUUCAGAGUUAUUUGAAAAUUUAGCUGUUGGAUUUACCGAAAGAGAUGUAAUUCCAAAAUAUUCUACAGCUAACAUAGAAAAUAUUGCUCAUAAAGAAAUAUCUGUAUCAACUGCUGAAUCUAUUGAAAGGGAAGGUAUUCUUACGUAUAAUAAACCAAAAACUGUUGAAGCUUUAACAAAUAUUGAUUCUAACCAAGCAGUUAUAAUAAAUCAAGUUCAAUCGGAGGCUAUUCCGACAACGUUUAAACCACAGUCAGUAGUUGGAGUAUCAAUUAUCCCACAUGCAAUAACCUCCGAAGCUUUAGUGCAUCAUGAAAUUUUAGUACAUUCUUCAGAGAGUAUUUUAAAGAAGCAAGAAAGUUCCAACAAAAUUAAAGCUUGUGUAUCUGUUUCGGCGCUAACAGUUCCAGAGCACGAAGAAAAAGUAACAGCGGAAAAAGAGAAGACCCUUUUAAGUCAUAUUACGCCCGAAAAACAAAAUGUCACUGUAAAAUUAUCUGAACAACGUGGUGUGGAAACAAUAGAAACUUUAGCACAAUGCGAUAACAUUAAAAAAUCAGAUAACUUUGAAAUUCCAAGUAAAACAGCUCUGAUUAAAAUUGACGACAUUUAUGGUAAAGCUGCGAGUGUGGAAGAAGCACUAAUAAUUCAAACAACAACAGACAUUACUGAUAAUAUAAAAGAGGCGAAACCAGAAGUUAAAACAUUAGAACAUUUGAACUUACAACAAACAGAAACUAUACCAGCUGAAAGAGAAACAUUUAUAUUUGAAGAAAAGCCUAGAAAAUCGGUAGCCUCUUCAAAUCUAGUAGAAUCACAGGCUUUAAUUGAAAGUGCUAUAGAUGUUCAGGAAAAAGAAACAACAUUCAAUAAGCUAACUUGUUUACCGGUACAAGAUGCUUCAGUUGAAUUUAUGCAACAUAGUGGGAUUAUAAAUACUGAAGUAAUUUUAUCUAACAAAAUAGAGUUUAUCGAAAGCGAUAAAAAACUUGAAAUGCAAAUAUUAAAUACAAAUGUUGAAGAACAGAAAUCAAUUGAUGUUACAGAAAUAUUCCCCAAUGAGACUGAAAUGUAUUUGAAAGAAUCAUCUAAAGCUAUAUCACAUACGUUGCACCCUACACCAAAUAUAUCAAUAAUUCCUUCUAUUGAGUCCACUGAGACAACAGUGAAUGAACAAGAAGGUAUGUUAUCUUCGUCGGUUGAAACUAAACCACAAAGAGCAGAAUAUCAUCUUACACCGUCACAACAUGUAGAUAUUUCUGAGGAAAUUGCAGCAGAAAAGGAGAGUAAUUUAACGUUAAGUAAUAUACCAAUGACAACUAUUAACGAUAUUAAUUUUAAUUCACAUCAUCAUAUAAAUGUAGAAGUUUGUCAGAUAUCUGAACUGGAAGAACCUAUUAAGACAUUAAAACAUAAAUUCACAAGUGUUAAAGAUUUUAGUCUAGAGCCUGCGAAAGCACUUAAUGUUUGUGAAAUUAAAGCAGAAGAAAGAUCUGAAGAUUUAUCAGUUAAUAAAAUCAUAAAAGAAGAAAAACCACAAGCCAGUUUUGAAAUGAGUGGUCAUAUCGAUACCAAUGAAAUAAUACCAUUCGAAGUUGAAACUAUUUUAUCGACAUCUAAUUUAGAUAAAACGGGAAAAAUUACCCCUAAUAUCGAACAAUCUGCUCCUUGUGUCACUAUUUUUGAAAUUGAAUCAAUUGAGAAAGAAGAAACAUUAAACGUUGAAGUACCAGGACACCCUAAGCAUGUUGUAUCAUCGAUUGAAACAAAACCCUCUAUUGAGGUACAUGAAAUAAUACCCUCUGAUUCAGAGUUAAAUAUGUCACAGAAAAGUAUUCCAAAAACAGAAAAAUUGUCUUUGCUGAUGGAGACACAGCAUCACGUCACCGUAAUAGAUACAUUAACAAAAGAAAAGGAAGAAUUUCUUAAAUCACAAGAAAUUUCAGUAAGUAGAGAGCAACAAUCUAGUAUUCAAACAACUCAUCAUAUUAUAACAAGUGAAACUAUAGCUAAUGAAGAUGAAACGAAAAUUAAUGAAUUUUACAAACCCUUGAUUGAGACUGCUUUAAAGUCACAUAUUCUAGAAGAAAGUUUAAACAGAGAAGAACAACAAACGUGUGAAAGUAUAGGAUUAGUAACACAGUUAAGCGAGCCUCAAACAUUAAAUGCAAAGGAAGAUAUAGCAACUUUUAAAGUUGCAGAAAAUGCCGAAGUAAUAAUUCAAGAACAACCAGGCUCGCUGGGUGACUAUGAACCAAAAGAAGAGAAAGCUUUACUAACACAAGCGGCUACAAAAGAAGUGAUAACUUUAGUCCCACAGAUACUGGAAAGUACAAAACUAUUAAAAGAAAACAGUGCUGUAGAGACCUGCGUCGAUUAUGAAUUGGAGGUUUAUAAAAACUAUGUCACGCAAGAAAAUAUUGCCCAUGAACUUUCUGAAAAUUUAGUCGUUGAGAAAAAUCUGCCUAAGAUAGCUGAAAAACAAAUAUUAGAACUAAGCAGUUUUGAACAGACUGAAAUAGUAACUGAAGAAAAGCCGAAAGAUUUUAAUAAACCAGAAUCUGUUAAAACCCAAAAGGCAGACGAAAUUGCUAUUAAUUUCCAAGGAGUAGAUGUAACUAAACAAGAGCCUUUAGAGAAUGUUAAUGAUCUCAUUAGUACAGUACAACCCAACUUGAAAAAAGCUUCAGUUGAUUUAAACUCUCACUUAAGCUUAACAGUUUCUGAAAAGAUUUGUGAGGAACCAGUUACAGAUAUUUUAAAUGAUGAAGUAAAAGCACUAAAACUUACCGAAGAACUUUUAAUUGUCAGACCUGUAGAGCAAACUAUAGUUAUUGCUGGAGAAAAUAUCGAAAAUAUUACCAAGAAACUAAAGGUGGAAGAAAAAUCUCUAAAAUCCGAACCUAUUCAAUGCGAACCUUUGAACCAAAUAGAAUUUUUAAUCCAUGAAAAUGAAGUAGAAACAAACUUUGAUAAAAUGUCACGCUUAGAAAAUGCUUCAAUUUCUCUUACACACUUGACACAUUUACAAUGUACUGAAAAUAUAUCUGAGUCUCUCGUUGAUGAUUUGUCGAUACCUUUAGCUCAGGCACAUAAUUCGACAGUCAAAACAAAUAACAUGUCUACUCUAAUUGUCACAGAAAACGUUACUUUACAAAACGAAUCUGACCUACAAAUCACAGAACCAGUCAAACAGAAACUAAAAGCUGUGUUCAAUUUAUCAAAUGAAUUAGAAAUUACCGACAAAACUUUAGAAGAACACCUCACGCCGUAUAACGAAAUUAAACCUAAAUUACAUGAUAGCAAAGUGUCUUUUGUAGAAGAUGACGCAGACGUUACAUCGUUUCAAGACAAAUUUAAAAUAGAUAAAACACAUCUACAUUCUCUAUCACCUAAAUCAUCUGACGUAGAAGAAUCGGAAGAAAUUGUAACAAAAUUUAUGCAAGCGCAAGGAAAUAAAGAACCUAUACAAAUAAAAACAAAGCGAACGAUACUAAGAAAAAAACGAAAAUCAAAUGAUAUUAACAAUGAAGAAGGCGACGUCGUUAUAGAAGAAACAAUAGAUGACGAAUUUGACAAACUUAAUAAUAUUCAAAUGGCACAUGAUGUAAAGAUUGAGGAAUAUCAUGGUGAAGAAUAUAUUAAUGAGAACUGCACAGACCAAAGUACAGUCGAAUUACCAGACGAUCACAUCAGCCUGCCAAAACUACCAACUCAAGUUUUUAUUGAAGAGAUGUUUGAUGAAGAUACGCGUGUAUCUAAAAAAUCACAUAAUAUUCCGGUUCUUAAAACCCACGAAAUAAUAAAUGAUAAUGUCCCAACACCUGUCGAAGACAUAUUCGUACCAGAAAAUUCGAAUAUCACUGAAAAAUCUAAUGAAGAAGUAAAAUUAACACAAGGAAAAUCGGAUAAAGAAACAAAAGAAACUAUCGAGACAACAAAGCGCGUGAUCAAACAGCAAAAACGGAAAAAGCAGGAAAGAACUGAAAUAAUAACCGUCAAAAAAGAAGACGAGGAACCAGUUACUACGGUGACCGUGACUGAAGAAACGACCCCGGAAGAAGAAGAAUUGAAACCCGUCGAAAUUAUUGAACUACCUGAGGAAACGGUGGUUGAAGAUGUCGAAACGCCUGAAGGUAAGCCAAAGCAAAAGAAAAUAACCAAACGCAUCAUUAAAAAGAAGGUAGGCUCUAAGGUCGAAACUACACAAAUCAUAACUGAACAAGAAGACGACAAAACACCAGUCACAUUUAUACACAAAACAGAGGAACUCACUGAUGACACACUUACACCUCUCGAAGACAUUGUUAAACCAGAGACGGCACAAGUUAUAGAAGAUACUCCCGAGCAAGUUAAAGUGACACAAGUUACGACCGAAACUGGUGAAACGAAGACGGUCAAGACUACGAAACGUGUAAUUAAAAAGCAAAGAGGGAAAAAGCAGGAAAGAACUGAAAUAAUAACCGUCGAAAAAGAUGACGAGGAACCAGUAACUACGGUGUCCGUAACUGAAGAAACGACCCCGGAAGAAGAAGAAUCGAAACCCGUCGAAAUUAUUGAACUUCCUGAGGAAACGGUGGUUGAAGAUGUCGAAACGCCUGAAGGUAAGCCAAAGCAAAAGAAAAUAACCAAACGCAUCAUUAAAAAGAAGGUAGGCUCUAAGGUCGAAACUACACAAAUCAUAACUGAACAAGAAGACGACAAAACACCAGUCACAUUUAUACACAAAACAGAGGAACUCACUGAUGACACACUUACACCUCUCGAAGACAUUGUUAAACCAGAGACGGCACAAGUUAUAGAAGAUACUCCCGAGCAAGUUAAAGUGACACAAGUUACGACCGAAACUGGUGAAACGAAGACGGUCAAGACUACGAAACGUGUAAUUAAAAAGCAAAAAGGUAAAAAGCAAGAAAAAACGGAAAUAAUAACCGUCGAAAAAGAAGACGAGGAACCAGUUACUACGGUGUCCGUAACUGAAGAAACGACCCCGGAAGAAAAAGAAUCGAAACCCGUCGAAAUAAUUGAACUUCCUGAGGAAACGGUGGUUGAAGAUGUCGAAACGCCUGAAGGUAAGCCAAAGCAAAAGAAAAUAACCAAACGCAUCAUCAAAAAGAAGGUAGGCCCUAAGGUCGAAACUACACAAAUCAUAACUGAACAAGAAGACGACAAAACACCCGUCACUUUUGUACACAAAACAGAAGAACUCACUGAUGACACACUUACACCUCUCGAAGGCAUUGUUAAACCAGAGACGGCACAGGUUAUAGAAGAGGCUCCCGAGCAAGUUAAAGUAACACAAGUUACGACCGAAACUGGUGAAACGAAGACGGUCAAAACCACUAAACGUGUAAUUAAAAAGCAAAAAGGUAAAAAGCAAGAAAAAACGGAAAUAAUAACCGUCGAAAAAGAAGACGAGGAACCAGUUACUACGGUGUCCGUAACUGAAGAAACGACCCCGGAAGAAGAAGAAUCGAAACCCGUCGAAAUAAUUGAACUUCCUGAGGAAACGGUGGUUGAAGAUGUCGAAUCGCCUGAAGGUAAGCCAAAGCAAAAGAAAAUAACCAAACGCAUCAUCAAAAAGAAGGUAGGCCCUAAGGUCGAAACUACACAAAUCAUAACUGAACAAGAAGACGACAAAACACCCGUCACUUUUGUACACAAAACAGAAGAACUCACUGAUGACACACUUACACCUCUCGAAGGCAUUGUUAAACCAGAGACGGCACAGGUUAUAGAAGAGGCUCCCGAGCAAGUUAAAGUAACACAAGUUACGACCGAAACUGGUGAAACGAAGACGGUCAAAACCACUAAACGUGUAAUUAAAAAGCAAAAAGGUAAAAAGCAGGAAAAAACGGAAAUAAUAACCGUCGAAAAAGAAGACGAGGAACCAGUGACUACGGUGUCCGUGACUGAAGAAACGACACCGGAAGAAGAAGAACCGAAACCCGUCGAAAUUAUUGAACUUCCUGAGGAAACGGUGGUUGAAGAUGUCGAAACGCCUGAAGGUAAGCUAAAGCAAAAGAAAAUAACCAAACGCAUCAUUAAAAAGAAGGUAGGAUCUAUGGUCGAAACUACCCAAAUCAUUACUGAACAAGAAGACGACAAAACACCCGUCACUUUUGUACACAAAACAGAGGAACUCACUGAUGACACACUUAGACCUCUCGAAGACAUUGUUAAACCAGAGACGGCACAGGUUAUAGAAGAGGCUCCCGAGCAAGUUAAAGUAACACAAGUUACGACCGAACUUGGUGAAACGAAAACGGUCAAGACUACGAAACGUGUAAUUAAAAAGCAAAAAGGUAAAAAGCAGGAAAAAACGGAAAUAAUAACCGUCGAAAAAGAAGACGAGGAACCAGUUACUACGGUGUCCGUGACUGAAGAAACGACCCCGGAAGAAGAAGAAUCGAAACCCGUCGAAAUUAUCGAACUUCCUGAGGAAACGGUGGUUGAAGAUGUCGAAACGCCUGAAGGUAAGCCAAAGCAAAAGAAAAUAACCAAACGCAUCAUCAAAAAGAAGGUAGGCCCUAAGGUCGAAACUACACAAAUCAUAACUGAACAAGAAGACGACAAAACACCCGUCACUUUUGUACACAAAACAGAGGAACUCACUGAUGACACACUUACACCUCUCGAAGACAUUGUUAAACCAGAGACGGCACAGGUUAUAGAAGAGGCUCCCGAGCAAGUUAAAGUGACAAAAGUUACGACCGAAACUGGUGAAACGAAAACGGUCAAGACUACGAAACGUGUAAUUAAAAAGCAAAAGGGUAAAACGCAGGAAAAAACGGAAAUAAUAACCGUCGAAAAAGAAGACGAGGAACCAGUUACUACGGUGUCCGUGACUGAAGAAACGACCCCGGAAGAAGAAGAAUCGAAACCCGUCGAAGUUAUAGAACUUCCUGAGGAAACAGUGGUUGAAGAUGUCGAAACGCCUGAAGGUAAGCCAAAGCAAAAGAAAAUAACCAAACGCAUCAUCAAAAAGAAGGUAGGUCCUAAGGUCGAAACUACACAAAUCAUUACUGAACAAGAAGACGACAAAACACCCGUCACUUUUGUACACAAAACAGAGGAACUAACUGAUGACACACUUAUACCUCUCGAAGACAUUGUUACACUAGAUACGGCACAGGUUAUAGAAGAGGCUCCCGAGCAAGUUAAAGUAACACAAGCUACGACCGAAACUGGUGAAACGAAAACGGUCAAGACUACGAAACGUGUAAUUAAAAAGCAAAAAGGUAAAAAGCAGGAAAAAACGGAAAUAAUAACCGUCGAAAAAGAAGACGAGGAACCAGUUACUACGGUGUCCGUGACUGAAGAAACGACCCCGGAAGAAGAAGAAUCGAAACCCGUCGAAAUUAUUGAACUUCCUGAGGAAACGGUGGUUGAAGAUGUCGAAACGCCUGAAGGUAAGCCAAAGCAAAAGAAAAUAACCAAACGCAUCAUCAAAAAGAAGGUAGGUCCUAAGGUCGAAACUACACAAAUCAUUACUGAACAAGAAGACGACAAAACACCCGUCACUUUUGUACACAAAACAGAGGAACUAACUGAUGACACACUUAUACCUCUCGAAGACAUUGUUAAACCAGAGACGGCACAGGUUAUAGAAGAGGCUCCCGAGCAAGUUAAAGUAACACAAGUUACGACCGAAACUGGUGAAACGAAAACGGUCAAGACUACGAAACGUGUAAUUAAAAAGCAAAAAGGUAAAAAGCAGGAAAAAACGGAAAUAAUAACCGUCGAAAAAGAAGACGAGGAACCAGUUACUACGGUGUCCGUGACUGAAGAAACGACCCCGGAAGAAGAAGAAUCGAAACCCCUCGAAAUUAUUGAACUUCCUGAGGAAACGGUGGUUGAAGAUGUCGAAACGCCUGAAGGUAAGCCAAAGCAAAAGAAAAUAACCAAACGCAUCAUUAAAAAGAAGGUAGGCUCUAAGGUCGAAACUACACAAAUCAUUACUGAACAAGAAGACGACAAAACACCAGUCACAUUUAUACACAAAACAGAGGAACUCACUGAUGACACACUUACACCUCUCGAAGACAUAAUUAAACCAGAGACGGCACAAGUUAUAGAAGAGACUCCCGAUCAGGUUAAAGUGACACAAGUUACGACCGAAACUGGUGAAACGAAGACGGUCAAGACUACGAAACGUGUAAUUAAAAAGCAAAAAGGUAAAAAGCAGGAAAAAACGGAAAUAAUAACCGUCGAAAAAGAAGACGAGGAACCAGUUACUACGGUGUCCGUGACUGAAGAAACGACCCCGGAAGAAGAAGAAUCGAAACCCGUCGAAAUUAUAGAACUUCCUGAGGAAACAGUGGUCGAAGAUGUCGAAACGCCUGAAGGUAAGCCAAAGCAAAAGAAAAUAACCAAACGCAUCAUCAAAAAGAAGGUAGGUCCUAAGGUCGAAACUACACAAAUCAUUACUGAACAAGAAGACGACAAAACACCCGUCACUUUUGUACACAAAACAGAGGAACUAACUGAUGACACACUUAUACCUCUCGAAGACAUUGUUAAACCAGAGACGGCACAGGUUAUAGAAGAGGCUCCCGAGCAAGUUAAAGUAACACAAGUUACGACCGAAACUGGUGAAACGAAAACGGUCAAGACUACGAAACGUGUAAUUAAAAAGCAAAAAGGUAAAAAGCAGGAAAAAACGGAAAUAAUAACUGUCGAAAAAGAAGACGAGGAACCAGUUACUACGGUGUCCGUGACUGAAGAAACGACCCCGGAAGAAGAAGAAUCGAAACCCUUCGAAAUUAUCGAACUUCCUGAGGAAACGGUGGUUGAAGAUGUCGAAACGCCUGAAGGUAAGCCAAAGCAAAAGAAAAUAACCAAACGCAUCAUCAAAAAGAAGGUAGGCCCUAAGGUCGAAACUACACAAAUCAUAACUGAACAAGAAGACGACAAAACACCCGUCACUUUUGUACACAAAACAGAGGAACUCACUGAUGACACACUUAUACCUCUCGAAGACAUUGUUAAACCAGAGACGGCACAGGUUAUAGAAGAGGCUCCCGAGCAAGUUAAAGUAACACAAGUUACGACCGAAACUGGUGAAACGAAAACGGUCAAGACUACGAAACGUGUAAUUAAAAAGCAAAAAGGUAAAAAGCAGGAAAAAACGGAAAUAAUAACCGUCGAAAAAGAAGACGAGGAACCAGUUACUACGGUGUCCGUGACUGAAGAAACGACACCGGAAGAAGAAGUACCGAAACCCGUCGAAAUUAUCGAACUUCCUGAGGAAACAGUGGUCGAAGAUGUCGAAACGCCUGAAGGUAAGCCAAAGCAAAAGAAAAUAACCAAGCGCAUCAUCAAAAAGAAGGUAGGCCCUAAGGUCGAAACUACACAAAUCAUAACUGAACAAGAAGACGACAAAACACCCGUCACUUUUGUACACAAAACAGAGGAACUCACUGAUGACACACUUAUACCUCUCAAAGACAUUGUUAAACCAGAGACAGCACAGGUUAUAGAAGAGGCUCCCGAGCAAGUUAAAGUGAUACAAGUUACGACCGAAACUGGUGAAACGAAAACGGUCAAGACUACGAAACGUGUAAUUAAAAAGCAAAAAGGUAAAAAGCAGGAAAAAACAGAAAUAAUAACCGUCGAAAAAGAAGACGAGGAACCAGUUACUAUGGUGUCCGUAACUGAAGAAACGACACCGGAAGAAGAAGAACCGAAACCCGUCGAAAUUAUCGAACUUCCUGAGGAAACAGUGGUCGAAGAUGUCGAAACGCCUGAAGGUAAGCCAAAGCAAAAGAAAAUAACCAAACGCAUCAUCAAAAAGAAGGUAGGUCCUAAGGUCGAAACUACACAAAUCAUAACUGAACAAGAAGACGACAAAACACCCGUCACUUUUGUACACAAAACAGAGGAACUCACUGAUGACACACUUACACCUCUCGAAGACAUUGUUAAACCAGAGACGGCACAGGUUAUAGAAGAGGCUCCCGAGCAAGUCAAAGUGACAAAAGUUACGACCGAAACUGGUGAAACGAAAACGGUCAAGACUACGAAACGUGUAAUUAAAAAGCAAAAGGGUAAAACGCAGGAAAAAACGGAAAUAAUAACCGUCGAAAAAGAAGACGAGGAACCAGUUACUACGGUGUCCGUAACUGAAGAAACGACACCGGAAGAAGAAGAACCGAAACCCGUCGAAAUUAUUGAACUUCCUGAGGAAACAGUAGUUGAAGAUGUCGAAGCGCCUGAAGGUAAGCCAAAGCAAAAGAAAAUAACUAAACGCAUCAUCAAAAAGAAGGUAGGCCCUAAGGUAGAAACUACACAAAUCAUUACUGAACAAGAAGACAACAAAACACCUAUUACAUUUGUACACAAAACAGAGGAACUCACUGAUGACACACUUACACCUCUCGAAGACAUUGUUAAACCAGAGAUGGCACAGGUUAUAGAAGAGGCUCCCGAGCAAGUUAAAGUGACAAAAGUUACGACCGAAACUGGUGAAACGAAAACGGUCAAGACUACGAAACGUGUAAUUAAAAAGCAAAAGGGUAAAACGCAGGAAAAAACGGAAAUAAUAACCGUCGAAAAAGAAGACGAGGAACCAGUUACUACGGUGUCCGUGACUGAAGAAACGACCCCGGAAGAAGAAGAAUCGAAACCCGUCGAAAUUAUUGAACUUCCUGAGGAAACAGUGGUUGAAGAUAUCGAAACGCCUGAAGGUAAGCCAAAGCAAAAGAAAAUAACCAAACGCAUCAUCAAAAAGAAGGUAGGUCCUAAGGUCGAAACUACACAAAUCAUAACUGAACAAGAAGACGACAAAACACCUAUCACAUUUGUACACAAGACAGAGGAACUCACUGAUGACACACUUUCACCUCUAGAAGACAUUGUUACACUAGAUACGGCACAGGUUAUAGAGGAGGCUCCCGAGCAGGUUAAAGUGACACACGUUAUGACCGAAACUGGUGAAACGAAAACUGUCAAGACUACGAAACGUGUAAUUAAAAAGCAAAAAGGUAAAAAGCAGGAAAAAACGGAAAUAAUAACCGUCGAAAAAGAAGACGAGGAACCAGUUACUACGGUGUCCGUGACUGAAGAAACGACACCGGAAGAAGAAGAACCGAAACCCGUCGAAAUUAUUGAACUUCCUGAGGAAACAGUGGUUGAAGAUGUCGAAACGCCUGAAGGUAAGCCAAAGCAAAAGAAAAUAACCAAACGCAUCAUCAAAAAGAAGGUAGGCCCUAAGGUAGAAACUACACAAAUCAUUACUGAACAAGAAGACAACAAAACACCUAUUACAUUUGUACACAAAACAGAGGAACUCACUGAUGACACACUUUCACCUCUAGAAGACAUUGUUACACUAGAUACGGCACAGGUUAUAGAGGAGGCUCCCGAGCAGGUUAAAGUGACACACGUUAUGACCGAAACUGGUGAAACGAAAACGGUCAAGACUACGAAACGUGUAAUUAAAAAGCAAAAAGGUAAAAAGCAGGAAAAAACGGAAAUAAUAACCGUCGAAAAAGAAGACGAGGAACCAGUUACUACGGUGUCCGUAACUGAAGAAACGACACCGGAAGAAGAAGAACCGAAACCCGUCAAAAUUAUCGAACUUCCUGAGGAAACAGUUGUUGAAGAUGUCGAAACGCCUGAAGGUAAGCCAAAGCAAAAGAAAAUAACCAAACGCAUCAUCAAAAAAAAGGUAGGUCCUAAGGUCGAAACUACACAAAUCAUUACUGAACAAGAAGACGACAAAACACCUAUUACAUUUGUACACAAAACAGAGGAACUCACUGAUGACACACUUACACCUCUAGAAGACAUUGUUACACUAGAUACGGCACAGGUUAUAGAGGAGGCUCCCGAGCAGGUUAAAGUGACACACGUUAUGACCGAAACUGGUGAAACGAAAACUGUCAAGACUACGAAACGUGUAAUUAAAAAGCAAAAAGGUAAAAAGCAAGAAAAAACGGAAAUAAUAACCGUCGAAAAAGAAGACGAGGAACCAGUAACUACGGUGUCCGUAACUGAAGAAACGACACCGGAAGAAGAACAACCGAAACCCGUCGAAAUUAUCGAACUUCCUGAGGAAACAGUUGUUGAAGAUGUCGAAACGCCUGAAGGUAAGCCAAAGCAAAAGAAAAUAACCAAACGCAUCAUCAAAAAGAAGGUAGGCCCUAAGGUAGAAACUACACAAAUCAUUACUGAACAAGAAGACAACAAAACACCUAUUACAUUUGUACACAAAACAGAGGAACUCACUGAUGACACACUUACACCUCUCGAAGACAUUGUUACACUAGAGUCGGCACAGGUUAUAGAAGAGGCUCCCGAGCAAGUUAAAGUAACACAAGUUACGACCGAAACUGGUGAAACGAAAACGGUCAAGACUACGAAACGUGUAAUUAAAAAGCAAAAAGGUAAAAAGCAGGAAAAAACGGAAAUAAUAACCGUCGAAAAAGAAGACGAGGAACCAGUUACUACGGUGUCCGUAACUGAAGAAACGACACCGGAAGAAGAACAACCGAAACCCGUCGAAAUUAUCGAACUUCCUGAGGAAACAGUGGUUGAAGAUGUCGAAACGCCUGAAGGUAAGCCAAAGCAAAAGAAAAUAACCAAACGCAUCAUCAAAAAGAAGGUAGGCCCUAAGGUAGAAACUACUCAAAUCAUUACUGAACAAGAAGACAACAAAACACCUAUUACAUUUGUACACAAAACAGAGGAACUCACUGAUGACACACUUACACCUCUCGAAGACAUUGUUACACUAGAGUCGGCACAGGUUAUAGAAGAGGCUCCCGAGCAAGUUAAAGUAACACAAGUUACGACCGAAACUGGUGAAACGAAAACGGUCAAGACUACGAAACGUGUAAUUAAAAAGCAAAAAGGUAAAAAGCAGGAAAAAACGGAAAUAAUAACCGUCGAAAAAGAAGACGAGGAACCAGUUACUACGGUGUCCGUAACUGAAGAAACGACACCGGAAGAAGAAGAACCGAAACCCGUCGAAAUUAUCGAACUUCCUGAGGAAACAGUUGUUGAAGAUGUCGAAACGCCUGAAGGUAAGCCAAAGCAAAAGAAAAUAACCAAACGCAUCAUCAAAAAAAAGGUAGGUCCUAAGGUCGAAACUACACAAAUCAUUACUGAACAAGAAGACGACAAAACACCUAUUACAUUUGUACACAAAACAGAGGAACUCACUGAUGACACACUUACACCUCUAGAAGACAUUGUUACACUAGAUACGGCACAGGUUAUAGAGGAGGCUCCCGAGCAGGUUAAAGUGACACACGUUAUGACCGAAACUGGUGAAACGAAAACUGUCAAGACUACGAAACGUGUAAUUAAAAAGCAAAAAGGUAAAAAGCAAGAAAAAACGGAAAUAAUAACCGUCGAAAAAGAAGACGAGGAACCAGUUACUACGGUGUCCGUAACUGAAGAAACGACACCGGAAGAAGAACAACCGAAACCCGUCGAAAUUAUCGAACUUCCUGAGGAAACAGUUGUUGAAGAUGUCGAAACGCCUGAAGGUAAGCCAAAGCAAAAGAAAAUAACCAAACGCAUCAUCAAAAAGAAGGUAGGCCCUAAGGUAGAAACUACACAAAUCAUUACUGAACAAGAAGACAACAAAACACCUAUUACAUUUGUACACAAAACAGAGGAACUCACUGAUGACACACUUACACCUCUCGAAGACAUUGUUACACUAGAGUCGGCACAGGUUAUAGAAGAGGCUCCCGAGCAAGUUAAAGUAACACAAGUUACGACCGAAACUGGUGAAACGAAAACGGUCAAGACUACGAAACGUGUAAUUAAAAAGCAAAAAGGUAAAAAGCAGGAAAAAACGGAAAUAAUAACCGUCGAAAAAGAAGACGAGGAACCAGUUACUACGGUGUCCGUAACUGAAGAAACGACACCGGAAGAAGAACAACCGAAACCCGUCGAAAUUAUCGAACUUCCUGAGGAAACAGUGGUUGAAGAUGUCGAAACGCCUGAAGGUAAGCCAAAGCAAAAGAAAAUAACCAAACGCAUCAUCAAAAAGAAGGUAGGCCCUAAGGUAGAAACUACUCAAAUCAUUACUGAACAAGAAGACAACAAAACACCUAUUACAUUUGUACACAAAACAGAGGAACUCACUGAUGACACACUUACACCUCUCGAAGACAUUGUUACACUAGAGUCGGCACAGGUUAUAGAAGAGGCUCCCGAGCAAGUUAAAGUAACACAAGUUACGACCGAAACUGGUGAAACGAAAACGGUCAAGACUACGAAACGUGUAAUUAAAAAGCAAAAAGGUAAAAAGCAGGAAAAAACGGAAAUAAUAACCGUCGAAAAAGAAGACGAGGAACCAGUUACUACGGUGUCCGUAACUGAAGAAACGACACCGGAAGAAGAAGAACCGAAACCCGUCGAAAUUAUCGAACUUCCUGAGGAAACAGUUGUUGAAGAUGUCGAAACGCCUGAAGGUAAGCCAAAGCAAAAGAAAAUAACCAAACGCAUCAUAAAAAAAAAGGUAGGUCCUAAGGUCGAAACUACACAAAUCACUACUGAACAAGAAGAAGACAAAACACCUAUUACAUUUGUACACAAAACAGAGGAACUCACUGAUGACACACUUACACCUCUAGAAGACAUUGUUACACUAGAUACGGCACAGGUUAUAGAGGAGGCUCCCGAGCAGGUUAAAGUGACACACGUUAUGACCGAAACUGGUGAAACGAAAACUGUCAAGACUACGAAACGUGUAAUUAAAAAGCAAAAAGGUAAAAAGCAAGAAAAAACGGAAAUAAUAACCGUCGAAAAAGAAGACGAGGAACCAGUUACUACGGUGUCCGUAACUGAAGAAACGACACCGGAAGAAGAACAACCGAAACCCGUCGAAAUUAUCGAACUUCCUGAGGAAACAGUGGUUGAAGAUGUCGAAACGCCUGAAGGUAAGCCAAAGCAAAAGAAAAUAACCAAACGCAUCAUCAAAAAGAAGGUAGGUCCUAAGGUCGAAACUACACAAAUCAUUACUGAACAAGAAGACGACAAAACACCUAUUACAUUUGUACACAAAACAGAGGAACUCACUGAUGACACACUUACACCUAUAGAAGACAUUGUUACACUAGAUACGGCACAGGUUAUAGAGGAGGCUCCCGAGCAGGUUAAAGUGACACACGUUAUGACCGAAACUGGUGAAACGAAAACUGUCAAGACUACGAAACGUGUAAUUAAAAAGCAAAAAGGUAAAAAGCAAGAAAAAACGGAAAUAAUAACCGUCGAAAAAGAAGACGAGGAACCAGUUACUACGGUGUCCGUAACUGAAGAAACGACACCGGAAGAAGAACAACCGAAACCCGUCGAAAUUAUCGAACUUCCUGAGGAAACAGUGGUUGAAGAUGUCGAAACGCCUGAAGGUAAGCCAAAGCAAAAGAAAAUAACCAAACGCAUCAUCAAAAAGAAGGUAGGCCCUAAGGUAGAAACUACUCAAAUCAUUACUGAACAAGAAGAUGACAAAACACCCGUCACUUUCGUACACAAAACAGAGGAACUCAUUCAUGAUACAGUCACACCUGUCGUAGACUUACUCUCACCAGAAAAGGCUAGGAUUAUAGAAGAGGCUCCCGAAGAGGUGAAAGUAACCGAAGUUGUUUCGAAAAUAGGCGACAAGAAGACUGUUAAAACAACAAAGCGCGUGAUCAAAAAACAGAAGGGUCCGAAACAGGAAGUUACUGAGAUAAUAACUGUCGAAAAAGACGGAGAAGAACCUGUCACAACUGUCACCGUAUCGGAAGACAAGUCGCCCGAAGAAAUCGAGUCACAACCGAUAGAAAUUGUCGAACUUCCUGAAGAAUCGACGAUCGAAGAAAUGAAAUCACCCGAUGGUAAGUCUAAACAAAAGAAAAUCACAAAACGGACUAUCAAAAAGAAGGUAGGUCCUAGGGUUGACACUACACAAAUCACAACCACACACGAAGAAGACAAAGCACCCGUCAUCUCUGUACACACUACACACGAAUUCACAGAUGAUACACUAACCACUUUAGACGAUUUACACGAACCAGUCCAUGCUAAAGUUAUCGAGGAGGCUCCCGAGGAGGUCAAAGUUACUCAGACCGUUACGGAACAAGGUGACACGAAAACUGUAAAAACAACAAAGCGCGUUAUCAAAAAGCCUAAGGGCUUGAAACAGGAAGUGACAGAAAUAACCACUGUCGAAAAUGAAGGUGAAGAACCCGUGACAACCGUAACCGUAACGGAAGAAAAGUCACCAGAGGAAGGAGACACGCAAACAACAGAAAUCGUCGAACUUCCGGAAGAAACGUUCGUUGAAAGUGUCGAGUCACCGGAAGGUAAGCCAAAACAAAAGAAAACAACGAAACGCAUUAUCCAAAAGAAGGUAGGUCCUAAACUCGAAAUCACACAAAUCAUAACCGAACAAGAAGACGACGAAACACCCGUCACUUUCGUACACAAAACAGAGGAACUCAUUCAUGAUACAGUCACUCCUCUCGUAGACUUACUCACACCAGAAAAGGCUAGGAUUAUAGAAGAGGCUCCCGAAGAGGUGAAAGUAACCGAAGUUGUUUCUAAAAUAGGCGACAAGAAGACUGUUAAAACAACAAAGCGCGUGAUCAAAAAACAGAAGGGUCCGAAACAGGAAGUUACUGAGAUAAUAACUGUCGAAAAAGACGGAGAAGAACCUGUCACAACUGUCACCGUAUCGGAAGACAAGUCGCCCGAAGAAAUCGAGUCACAACCGAUAGAAAUUGUCGAACUUCCUGAAGAAUCGACGAUCGAAGAAAUGAAAUCACCCGAUGGUAAGUCUAAACAAAAGAAAAUCACAAAACGGACUAUCAAAAAGAAGGUAGGUCCUAGGGUUGACACUACACAAAUCACAACCACACACGAAGAAGACAAAGCACCCGUCAUCUCUGUACACACUACACACGAAUUCACAGACGAUACACUUACCACUUUAGACGAUUUACACGAACCAGUCCAUGCUCAAGUUAUCGAGGAGGGUCCCGAGGAGGUCAAAGUUACUCAGACCGUUACAGAACAAGGUGACACGAAAACUGUAAAAACAACAAAGCGCGUUAUCAAAAAGCCUAAGGGCUUGAAACAGGAAGUGACAGAAAUAACCACUGUCGAAAAUGAAGGCGAAGAACCCGUGACAACCGUAACCGUAACGGAAGAAAAGUCACCAGAGGAAGGAGACACGCAAACAACAGAAAUCGUCGAACUUCCGGAAGAAACGUUCGUUGAAAGUGUCGAGUCGCAGGAUGGUAAGCCAAAACAUAGGAAAACAACAAAACGCACUAUCAAAAAGAAGGUAGGUCCUAAACUCGAAACCACACAAAUCGUAACUGAACAAGAAGACGACGAAGCACCCGUCACUUUCGUACACAAAACAGAGGAACUCAUUCAUGAUACAGUCACACCUCUCGUAGACUUACUCACACCAGAAAAGGCUAGGAUUAUAGAAGAGGCUCCCGAAGAGGUGAAAGUAACCGAAGUUGUUUCUAAAAUAGGCGACAAGAAGACUGUUAAAACAACAAAGCGCGUGAUCAAAAAACAGAAGGGUCCGAAACAGGAAGUUACUGAGAUAAUAACUGUCGAAAAAGACGGAGAAGAACCUGUCACAACUGUCACCGUAUCGGAAGACAAGUCGCCCGAAGAAGUCGAGUCACAACCGAUAGAAAUUGUCGAACUUCCUGAAGAAUCGACGAUCGAAGAAAUCAAAUCACCCGAUGGUAAGUCUAAACAAAAGAAAAUCACAAAACGGACUAUCAAAAAGAAGGUAGGUCCUAGGGUUGACACUACACUCAUCACAACCACACACGAAGAUGACAAAGCACCUGUCGUCUCUGUACACACUACACACGAAUUCACAGAUGAUACACUUACCACUUUUGACGAUUUACACGAACCAGUCCAUGCUCAAGUUAUCGAGGAGGCUCCCGAGGAGGUCAAAGUUACUGAGACCGUUACGGAACAAGGUGACACGAAAACUGUAAAAACAACAAAGCGCGUUAUCAAAAAGCCUAAGGGCUUGAAACAGGAAGUGACAGAAAUAACCACUGUCGAAAAUGAAGGCGAAGAACCCGUGACAACCGUAACCGUAACGGAAGAAAAGUCACCAGAGGAAGGAGACACGCAAACAACAGAAAUCGUCGAACUUCCGGAAGAAACGUUCGUUGAAAGUGUCGAGUCACCGGAAGGUAAGCCAAAACAAAAGAAAACAACGAAACGCAUUAUCAAAAAGAAGGUAGGUCCUAAACUCGAAACCACACAAAUCAUAACCGAACAAGAAGACGACGAAACACCCGUCACUUUCGUACACAAAACAGAGGAACUCAUUCAUGAUACAGUCACACCUCUCGUAGACUUACUCACAUCAGAAAAGGCUAGGAUUAUAGAAGAGGCUCCCGAAGAGGUGAAAGUAACCGAAGUUGUUUCGAAAAUAGGCGACAAGAAGACUGUUAAAACAACAAAGCGCGUGAUCAAAAAACAGAAGGGUCCGAAACAGGAAGUUACUGAGAUAAUAACUGUCGAAAAAGACGGAGAAGAACCUGUCACAACUGUCACCGUAUCGGAAGACAAGUCGCCCGAAGAAAUCGAGUCACAACCGAUAGAAAUUGUCGAACUUCCUGAAGAAUCGACGAUCGAAGAAAUGAAAUCACCCGAUGGUAAGUCUAAACAAAAGAAAAUCACAAAACGGACUAUCAAAAAGAAGGUAGGUCCUAGGGUUGACACUACACACAUCACAACCACACACGAAGAUGACAAAGCACCUGUCGUCUCUGUACACACUACACACGAAUUCACAGAUGAUACACUUACCACUUUUGACGAUUUACACGAACCAGUCCAUGCUCAAGUUAUCGAGGAGGCUCCCGAGGAGGUCAAAGUUACUCAGACCGUUACGGAACAAGGUGACACGAAAACUGUAAAAACAACAAAACGCGUUAUCAAAAAGCCUAAGGGCUUGAAACAGGAAGUGACAGAAAUAACCACUGUCGAAAAUGAAGGUGAAGAACCCGUGACAACCGUAACCGUAACGGAAGAAAAGUCACCAGAGGAAGGAGACACGCAAACAACAGAAAUCGUCGAACUUCCGGAAGAAACGUUCGUUGAAAGUGUCGAGUCACCGGAAGGUAAGCCAAAACAAAAGAAAACAACGAAACGCAUUAUCAAAAAGAAGGUAGGUCCUAAACUCGAAACCACACAAAUCAUAACCGAACAAGAAGACGACGAAACACCCGUCACUUUCGUACACAAAACAGAGGAACUCAUUCAUGAUACAUUCACACCUCUCGUAGACUUACUCACACCAGAAAAGGCUAGGAUUAUAGAAGAGGCUCCCGAAGAGGUGAAAGUAACCGAAGUUGUUUCGAAAAAAGGCGACAAGAAGACUGUUAAAACAACAAAGCGCGUGAUCAAAAAACAGAAGGGUCCGAAACAGGAAGUUACUGAGAUAAUAACUGUCGAAAAAGACGGAGAAGAACCUGUCACAACUGUCACCGUAUCGGAAGACAAGUCGCCCGAAGAAAUCGAGUCACAUCCGAUAGAAAUUGUCGAACUUCCUGAAGAAUCGACGAUCGAAGAAAUCAAAUCACCCGAUGGUAAGUCUAAACAAAAGAAAAUCACAAAACGGACUAUCAAAAAGAGGGUAGGUCCUAAACUCGAAACCACACAAAUCGUAACUGAACAAGAAGACGACGAAGCACCCGUCACUUUCGUACACAAAACAGAGGAACUCAUUCAUGAUACAGUCACACCUCUCGUAGACUUACUCACACCAGAAAAGGCUAGGAUUAUAGAAGAGGCUCCCGAAGAGGUGAAAGUAACCGAAGUUGUUUCUAAAAUAGGCGACAAGAAGACUGUUAAAACAACAAAGCGCGUGAUCAAAAAACAGAAGGGUCCGAAACAGGAAGUUACUGAGAUAAUAACUGUCGAAAAAGACGGAGAAGAACCUGUCACAACUGUCACCGUAUCGGAAGACAAGUCGCCCGAAGAAGUCGAGUCACAACCGAUAGAAAUUGUCGAACUUCCUGAAGAAUCGACGAUCGAAGAAAUCAAAUCACCCGAUGGUAAGUCUAAACAAAAGAAAAUCACAAAACGGACUAUCAAAAAGAAGGUAGGUCCUAGGGUUGACACUACACACAUCACAACCACACACGAAGAUGACAAAGCACCUGUCGUCUCUGUACACACUACACACGAAUUUACAGAUGAUACACUAACCACUUUAGACGAUUUACACGAACCAGUCCAUGCUCAAGUUAUCGAGGAGGCUCCCGAGGAGGUCAAAGUUACUGAGACCGUUACGGAACAAGGUGACACGAAAACUGUAAAAACAACAAAGCGCGUUAUCAAAAAGCCUAAGGGCUUGAAACAGGAAGUGACAGAAAUAACCACUGUCGAAAAUGAAGGCGAAGAACCCGUGACAACCGUAACCGUAACGGAAGAAAAGUCACCAGAGGAAGGAGACACGCAAACAACAGAAAUCGUCGAACUUCCAGAAGAAACGUUCGUUGAAAGUGUCGAGUCGCAGGAUGGUAAGCCAAAACAUAGGAAAACAACAAAACGCACUAUCAAAAAGAAGGUAGGUCCUAAACUCGAAACCACACAAAUCGUAACUGAACAAGAAGACGACGAAGCACCCGUCACUUUCGUACACAAAACAGAGGAACUCAUUCAUGAUACAGUCACACCUCUCGUAGACUUACUCACACCAGAAAAGGCUAGGAUUAUAGAAGAGGCUCCCGAAGAGGUGAAAGUAACCGAAGUUGUUUCUAAAAUAGGCGACAAGAAGACUGUUAAAACAACAAAGCGCGUGAUCAAAAAACAGAAGGGUCCGAAACAGGAAGUUACUGAGAUAAUAACUGUCGAAAAAGACGGAGAAGAACCUGUCACAACUGUCACCGUAUCGGAAGACAAGUCGCCCGAAGAAGUCGAGUCACAACCGAUAGAAAUUGUCGAACUUCCUGAAGAAUCGACGAUCGAAGAAAUCAAAUCACCCGAUGGUAAGUCUAAACAAAAGAAAAUCACAAAACGGACUAUCAAAAAGAAGGUAGGUCCUAGGGUUGACACUACACACAUCACAACCACACACGAAGAUGACAAAGCACCUGUCGUCUCUGUACACACUACACACGAAUUCACAGAUGAUACACUUACCACUUUUGACGAUUUACACGAACCAGUCCAUGCUCAAGUUAUCGAGGAGGCUCCCGAGGAGGUCAAAGUUACUCAGACCGUUACGGAACAAGGUGACACGAAAACUGUAAAAACAACAAAGCGCGUUAUCAAAAAGCCUAAGGGCUUGAAACAGGAAGUGACAGAAAUAACCACUGUCGAAAAUGAAGGCGAAGAACCCGUGACAACCGUAACCGUAACGGAAGAAAAGUCACCAGAGGAAGGAGACACGCAAACAACAGAAAUCGUCGAACUUCCAGAAGAAACGUUCGUUGAAAGUGUCGAGUCGCAGGAUGGUAAGCCAAAACAUAGGAAAACAACAAAACGCACUAUCAAAAAGAAGGUAGGUCCUAAACUCGAAACCACACAAAUCGUAACUGAACAAGAAGACGACGAAGCACCCGUCACUUUCGUACACAAAACAGAGGAACUCAUUCAUGAUACAGUCACACCUCUCGUAGACUUACUCACACCAGAAAAGGCUAGGAUUAUAGAAGAGGCUCCCGAAGAGGUGAAAGUAACCGAAGUUGUUUCUAAAAUAGGCGACAAGAAGACUGUUAAAACAACAAAGCGCGUGAUCAAAAAACAGAAGGGUCCGAAACAGGAAGUUACUGAGAUAAUAACUGUCGAAAAAGACGGAGAAGAACCUGUCACAACUGUCACCGUAUCGGAAGACAAGUCGCCCGAAGAAGUCGAGUCACAACCGAUAGAAAUUGUCGAACUUCCUGAAGAAUCGACGAUCGAAGAAAUCAAAUCACCCGAUGGUAAGUCUAAACAAAAGAAAAUCACAAAACGGACUAUCAAAAAGAAGGUAGGUCCUAGGGUUGACACUACACACAUCACAACCACACACGAAGAUGACAAAGCACCUGUCGUCUCUGUACACACUACACACGAAUUCACAGACGAUACACUUACCACUUUAGACGAUUUACACGAACCAGUCCAUGCUCAAGUUAUCGAGGAGGCUCCCGAGGAGGUCAAAGUUACUCAGACCGUUACGGAACAAGGUGACACGAAAACUGUAAAAACAACAAAGCGCGUUAUCAAAAAGCCUAAGGGCUUGAAACAGGAAGUGACAGAAAUAACCACUGUCGAAAAUGAAGGCGAAGAACCCGUGACAACCGUAACCGUAACGGAAGAAAAGUCACCAGAGGAAGGAGACACGCAAACAACAGAAAUCGUCGAACUUCCAGAAGAAACGUUCGUUGAAAGUGUCGAGUCGCAGGAUGGUAAGCCAAAACAUAGGAAAACAACAAAACGCACUAUCAAAAAGAAGGUAGGUCCUAAACUCGAAACCACACAAAUCGUAACUGAACAAGAAGACGACGAAGCACCCGUCACUUUCGUACACAAAACAGAGGAACUCAUUCAUGAUACAGUCACACCUCUCGUAGACUUACUCACACCAGAAAAGGCUAGGAUUAUAGAAGAGGCUCCCGAAGAGGUGAAAGUAACCGAAGUUGUUUCUAAAAUAGGCGACAAGAAGACUGUUAAAACAACAAAGCGCGUGAUCAAAAAACAGAAGGGUCCGAAACAGGAAGUUACUGAGAUAAUAACUGUCGAAAAAGACGGAGAAGAACCUGUCACAACUGUCACCGUAUCGGAAGACAAGUCGCCCGAAGAAGUCGAGUCACAACCGAUAGAAAUUGUCGAACUUCCUGAAGAAUCGACGAUCGAAGAAAUCAAAUCACCCGAUGGUAAGUCUAAACAAAAGAAAAUCACAAAACGGACUAUCAAAAAGAAGGUAGGUCCUAGGGUUGACACUACACACAUCACAACCACACACGAAGAUGACAAAGCACCUGUCGUCUCUGUACACACUACACACGAAUUCACAGACGAUACACUUACCACUUUAGACGAUUUACACGAACCAGUCCAUGCUCAAGUUAUCGAGGAGGCUCCCGAGGAGGUCAAAGUUACUCAGACCGUUACGGAACAAGGUGACACGAAAACUGUAAAAACAACAAAGCGCGUUAUCAAAAAGCCUAAGGGCUUGAAACAGGAAGUGACAGAAAUAACCACUGUCGAAAAUGAAGGUGAAGAACCCGUGACAACCGUAACCGUAACGGAAGAAAAGUCACCAGAGGAAGGAGACACGCAAACAACAGAAAUCGUCGAACUUCCGGAAGAAACGUUCGUUGAAAGUGUCGAGUCACCGGAAGGUAAGCCAAAACAAAAGAAAACAACGAAACGUAUUAUCAAAAAGAAGGUAGGUCCUACACUCGAAACCACACAAAUCAUAACCGAACAAGAAGACGACGAAACACCCGUCACUUUCGUACACAAAACAGAGGAACUCAUUCAUGAUACAGUCACACCUCUCGUAGACUUACUCACACCAGAAAAGGCUAGGAUUAUAGAAGAGGCUCCCGAAGAGGUGAAAGUAACCGAAGUUGUUUCUAAAAUAGGCGACAAGAAGACUGUUAAAACAACAAAGCGCGUGAUCAAAAAACAGAAGGGUCCGAAACAGGAAGUUACUGAGAUAAUAACUGUCGAAAAAGACGGAGAAGAACCUGUCACAACUGUCACCGUAUCGGAAGACAAGUCGCCCGAAGAAGUCGAGUCACAACCGAUAGAAAUUGUCGAACUUCCUGAAGAAUCGACGAUCGAAGAAAUCAAAUCACCCGAUGGUAAGUCUAAACAAAAGAAAAUCACAAAACGGACUAUCAAAAAGAAGGUAGGUCCUAGGGUUGACACUACACACAUCACAACCACACACGAAGAUGACAAAGCACCUGUCGUCUCUGUACACACUACACACGAAUUCACAGAUGAUACACUUACCACUUUUGACGAUUUACACGAACCAGUCCAUGCUCAAGUUAUCGAGGAGGCUCCCGAGGAGGUCAAUGUUACUGAGACCGUUACGGAACAAGGUGACACGAAAACUGUAAAAACAACAAAGCGCGUUAUCAAAAAGCCUAAGGGCUUGAAACAGGAAGUGACAGAAAUAACCACUGUCGAAAAUGAAGGCGAAGAACCCGUGACAACCGUAACCGUAACGGAAGAAAAGUCACCAGAGGAAGGAGACACGCAAACAACAGAAAUCGUCGAACUUCCGGAAGAAACGUUCGUUGAAAGUGUCGAGUCGCAGGAUGGUAAGCCAAAACAUAGGAAAACAACAAAACGCACUAUCAAAAAGAAGGUAGGUCCUAAACUCGAAACCACACAAAUCGUAACUGAACAAGAAGACGACGAAGCACCCGUCACUUUCGUACACAAAACAGAGGAACUCAUUCAUGAUACAGUCACACCUCUCGUAGACUUACUCACACCAGAAAAGGCUAGGAUUAUAGAAGAGGCUCCCGAAGAGGUGAAAGUAACCGAAGUUGUUUCUAAAAUAGGCGACAAGAAGACUGUUAAAACAACAAAGCGCGUGAUCAAAAAACAGAAGGGUCCGAAACAGGAAGUUACUGAGAUAAUAACUGUCGAAAAAGACGGAGAAGAACCUGUCACAACUGUCACCGUAUCGGAAGACAAGUCGCCCGAAGAAGUCGAGUCACAACCGAUAGAAAUUGUCGAACUUCCUGAAGAAUCGACGAUCGAAGAAAUCAAAUCACCCGAUGGUAAGUCUAAACAAAAGAAAAUCACAAAACGGACAAUCAAAAAGAAGGUAGGUCCUAGGGUUAACACUACACACAUCACAACCACACGCGAAGAUGACAAAGCACCUGUCGUCUCUGUACACACUACACACGAAUUCACAGAUGAUACACUUACCACUUUAGACGAUUUACACGAACCAGUCCAUGCUCAAGUUAUCGAGGAGGCUCCCGAGGAGGUCAAAGUUACUCAGACCGUUACGGAACAAGGUGACACGAAAACUGUAAAAACAACAAAGCGCGUUAUCAAAAAGCCUAAGGGCUUGAAACAGGAAGUGACAGAAAUAACCACUGUCGAAAAUGAAGGCGAAGAACCCGUGACAACCGUAACCGUAACGGAAGAAAAGUCACCAGAGGAAGGAGACACGCAAACAACAGAAAUCGUCGAACUUCCGGAAGAAACGUUCGUUGAAAGUGUCGAGUCGCAGGAUGGUAAGCCAAAACAUAGGAAAACAACAAAACGCACUAUCAAAAAGAAGGUAGGUUCUAAACUCGAAACCACACAAAUCGUAACUGAACAAGAAGACGAUGAAACACCCGUCACUUUCGUACACAAAACAGAGGAACUCAUUCAUGAUACAGUCACACCUCUCGUAGACUUACUCACACCAGAAAAGGCUAGGAUUAUAGAAGAGGCUCCCGAAGAGGUGAAAGUAACCGAAGUUGUUUCUAAAAUAGGCGACAAGAAGACUGUUAAAACAACAAAGCGCGUGAUCAAAAAACAGAAGGGUCCGAAACAGGAAGUUACUGAGAUAAUAACUGUCGAAAAAGACGGAGAAGAACCUGUCACAACUGUCACCGUAUCGGAAGACAAGUCGCCCGAAGAAGUCGAGUCACAACCGAUAGAAAUUGUCGAACUUCCUGAAGAAUCGACGAUCGAAGAAAUCAAAUCACCCGAUGGUAAGUCUAAACAAAAGAAAAUCACAAAACGGACAAUCAAAAAGAAGGUAGGUCCUAGGGUUGACACUACACACAUCACAACCACACACGAAGAUGACAAAGCACCUGUCGUCUCUGUACACACUACACACGAAUUCACAGAUGAUACACUUACCACUUUAGACGAUUUACACGAACCAGUCCAUGCUCAAGUUAUCGAGGAGGCUCCCGAGGAGGUCAAAGUUACUCAGACCGUUACGGAACAAGGUGACACGAAAACUGUAAAAACAACAAAGCGCGUUAUCAAAAAGCCUAAGGGCUUGAAACAGGAAGUGACAGAAAUAACCACUGUCGAAAAUGAAGGCGAAGAACCCGUGACAACCGUAACCGUAACGGAAGAAAAGUCACCAGAGGAAGGAGACACGCAAACAACAGAAAUCGUCGAACUUCCAGAAGAAACGUUCGUUGAAAGUGUCGAGUCGCAGGAUGGUAAGCCAAAACAUAGGAAAACAACAAAACGCACUAUCAAAAAGAAGGUAGGUCCUAAACUCGAAACCACACAAAUCGUAACUGAACAAGAAGACGACGAAGCACCCGUCACUUUCGUACACAAAACAGAGGAACUCAUUCAUGAUACAGUCACACCUCUCGUAGACUUACUCACACCAGAAAAGGCUAGGAUUAUAGAAGAGGCUCCCGAAGAGGUGAAAAUAACCGAAGUUGUUUCUAAAAUAGGCGACAAGAAGACUGUUAAAACAACAAAGCGCGUGAUCAAAAAACAGAAGGGUCCGAAACAGGAAGUUACUGAGAUAAUAACUGUCGAAAAAGACGGAGAAGAACCUGUCACAACUGUCACCGUAUCGGAAGACAAGUCGCCCGAAGAAGUCGAGUCACAACCGAUAGAAAUUGUCGAACUUCCUGAAGAAUCGACGAUCGAAGAAAUCAAAUCACCCGAUGGUAAGUCUAAACAAAAGAAAAUCACAAAACGGACUAUCAAAAAGAAGGUAGGUCCUAGGGUUGACACUACACACAUCACAACCACACACGAAGAUGACAAAGCACCUGUCGUCUCUGUACACACUACACACGAAUUCACAGAUGAUACACUUACCACUUUAGACGAUUUACACGAACCAGUCCAUGCUCAAGUUAUCGAGGAGGCUCCCGAGGAGGUCAAAGUUACUCAGACCGUUACGGAACAAGGUGACACCAAAACUGUAAAAACAACAAAGCGUGUGAUCAAAAAACCGAAGGGUCCGAAACAGGAAGUUACUGAGAUAAUAACUGUCGAAAAAGACGGAGAAGAACCUGUCACAACUGUCACCGUAUCGGAAGACAAGUCGCCCGAAGAAAUCGAGUCACAACCGAUAGAAAUUGUCGAACUUCCUGAAGAAUCGACGAUCGAAGAAAUGAAAUCACCCGAUGGUAAGUCUAAACAAAAGAAAAUCACAAAACGGACAAUCAAAAAGAAGGUAGGUCCUAAACUCGAAACCACACAAAUCGUAACUGAACAAGAAGACGAUGAAACACCCGUCACUUUCGUACACAAAACAGAGGAACUCAUUCAUGAUACAGUCACACCUCUCGUAGACUUACUCACACCAGAAAAGGCUAGGAUUAUUGAAGAGGCUCCCGAAGAGGUGAAAGUAACCGAAGUUGUUUCUAAAAUAGGAGACAAGAAGACUGUUAAAACAACAAAGCGCGUGAUCAAAAAACAGAAGGGUCCGAAACAGGAAGUUACUGAGAUAAUAACUGUCGAAAAAGACGGAGAAGAACCUGUCACAACUGUCACCGUAUCGGAAGACAAGUCGCCCGAAGAAGUCGAGUCACAACCGAUAGAAAUUGUCGAACUUCCUGAAGAAUCGACGAUCGAAGAAAUCAAAUCACCCGAUGGUAAGUCUAAACAAAAGAAAAUCACAAAACGGACUAUCAAAAAGAAGGUAGGUCCUAGGGUUGACACUACACACAUCACAACCACACACGAAGAUGACAAAGCACCUGUCGUCUCUGUACACACUACACACGAAUUCACAGAUGAUACACUUACCACUUUAGACGAUUUACACGAACCAGUCCAUGCUCAAGUUAUCGAGGAGGCUCCCGAGGAGGUCAAAGUUACUCAGACCGUUACGGAACAAGGUGACACCAAAACUGUAAAAACAACAAAGCGUGUGAUCAAAAAACCGAAGGGUCCGAAACAGGAAGUUACUGAGAUAAUAACUGUCGAAAAAGACGGAGAAGAACCUGUCACAACUGUCACCGUAUCGGAAGACAAGUCGCCCGAAGAAAUCGAGUCACAACCGAUAGAAAUUGUCGAACUUCCUGAAGAAUCGACGAUCGAAGAAAUGAAAUCACCCGAUGGUAAGUCUAAACAAAAGAAAAUCACAAAACGGACAAUCAAAAAGAAGGUAGGUCCUAGGGUUGACACUACACACAUCACAACCACACACGAAGAUGACAAAGCACCUGUCGUCUCUGUACACACUACACACGAAUUCACAGAUGAUACACUUACCACUUUAGACGAUUUAUACGAACCAGUCCAUGCUCAAGUUAUCGAGGAGGCUCCCGAGGAGGUCAAAGUUACUCAGACCGUUACGGAACAAGGUGACACGAAAACUGUAAAAACAACAAAGCGCGUUAUCAAAAAGCCUAAGGGCUUGAAACAGGAAGUGACAGAAAUAACCACUGUCGAAAAUGAAGGCGAAGAACCCGUGACAACCGUAACCGUAACGGAAGAAAAGUCACCAGAGGAAGGAGACACGCAAACAACAGAAAUUGUCGAACUUCCUGAAGAAUCGACGAUCGAAGAAAUCAAAUCACCCGAUGGUAAGUCUAAACAAAAGAAAAUCACAAAACGGACUAUCAAAAAGAAGGUAGGUCCUAGGGUUGACACUACACACAUCACAACCACACACGAAGAUGACAAAGCACCUGUCGUCUCUGUACACACUACACACGAAUUCACAGAUGAUAUACUUACCACUUUUGACGAUUUACACGAACCAGUCCAUGCUCAAGUUAUCGAGGAGGCUCCCGAGGAGGUCAAAGUUACUCAGACCGUUACGGAACAAGGUGACACCAAAACUGUAAAAACAACAAAGCGUGUGAUCAAAAAACCGAAGGGUCCGAAACAGGAAGUUACUGAGAUAAUAACUGUCGAAAAAGACGGAGAAGAACCUGUCACAACUGUCACCGUAUCGGAAGACAAGUCGCCCGAAGAAAUCGAGUCACAACCGAUAGAAAUUGUCGAACUUCCUGAAGAAUCGACGAUCGAAGAAAUGAAAUCACCCGAUGGUAAGUCUAAACAAAAGAAAAUCACAAAACGGACAAUCAAAAAGAAGGUAGGUCCUAGGGUUGACACUACACACAUCACAACCACACACGAAGAUGACAAAGCACCUGUCGUCUCUGUACACACUACACACGAAUUCACAGAUGAUACACUUACCACUUUAGACGAUUUAUACGAACCAGUCCAUGCUCAAGUUAUCGAGGAGGCUCCCGAGGAGGUCAAAGUUACUCAGACCGUUACGGAACAAGGUGACACGAAAACUGUAAAAACAACAAAGCGCGUUAUCAAAAAGCCUAAGGGCUUGAAACAGGAAGUGACAGAAAUAACCACUGUCGAAAAUGAAGGCGAAGAACCCGUGACAACCGUAACCGUAACGGAAGAAAAGUCACCAGAGGAAGGAGACACGCAAACAACAGAAAUCGUCGAACUUCCAGAAGAAACGUUCGUUGAAAGUGUCGAGUCGCAGGAUGGUAAGCCAAAACAUAGGAAAACAACAAAACGCAUUAUCAAAAAGAAGGUAGGUCCUAAACUCGAAACCACACAAAUCGUAACUGAACAAGAAGACGAUGAAACACCCGUCACUUUCGUACACAAAACAGAGGAACUCAUUCAUGAUACAGUCACACCUCUCGUAGACUUACUCACACCAGAAAAGGCUAGGAUUAUUGAAGAGGCUCCCGAAGAGGUGAAAGUAACCGAAGUUGUUUCUAAAAUAGGAGACAAGAAGACUGUUAAAACAACAAAGCGCGUGAUCAAAAAACAGAAGGGUCCGAAACAGGAAGUUACUGAGAUAAUAACUGUCGAAAAAGACGGAGAAGAACCUGUCACAACUGUCACCGUAUCGGAAGACAAGUCGCCCGAAGAAAUCGAGUCACAACCGAUAGAAAUUGUCGAACUUCCUGAAGAAUCGACGAUCGAAGAAAUCAAAUCACCCGAUGGUAAGUCUAAACAAAAGAAAAUCACAAAACGGACUAUCAAAAAGAAGGUAGGUCCUAGGGUUGACACUACACACAUCACAACCACACACGAAGAUGACAAAGCACCUGUCGUCUCUGUACACACUACACACGAAUUCACAGAUGAUACACUUACCACUUUUGACGAUUUACACGAACCAGUCCAUGCUCAAGUUAUCGAGGAGGCUCCCGAGGAGGUCAAAGUUACUCAGACCGUUACGGAACAAGGUGACACCAAAACUGUAAAAACAACAAAGCGUGUGAUCAAAAAACCGAAGGGUCCGAAACAGGAAGUUACUGAGAUAAUAACUGUCGAAAAAGACGGAGAAGAACCUGUCACAACUGUCACCGUAUCGGAAGACAAGUCGCCCGAAGAAAUCGAGUCACAACCGAUAGAAAUUGUCGAACUUCCUGAAGAAUCGACAAUCGAAGAAAUCAAAUCACCCGAUGGUAAGUCUAAACAAAAGAAAAUCACAAAACGGACUAUCAAAAAGAAGGUAGGUCCUAGGGUUGACACUACACACAUCACAUCCACACACGAAGAUGACAAAGCACCUGUCGUCUCUGUACACACUACACACGAAUUCACAGAUGAUACACUUACCACUUUUGACGAUUUACACGAACCAGUCCAUGCUCAAGCUAUCGAGGAGGCUCCUGAGGAGGUCAAAGUUACUCAGACCGUUACGGAACAAGGUGACACGAAAACUGUAAAAACAACAAAGCGCGUUAUCAAAAAACCUAAGGGCUUGAAACAGGAAGUGACAGAAAUAACCACUGCCGAAGAAGGCGAAGAACCCGUGACAACCGUAACCGUAAUGGAAGAAAAGUUACUAGUGGAAGAAGACACACAAAUUCUUGAAAUCGUCGAUUUUCCGGAUGAAAAUAUUGUUUACGAAAUGAACUCAUCGAAGGAAACGGGACAACAUGUAAACAAUCAUCAAAAAACGACGACAAACAUGCCUGAACAAGUAGAAGAUGAAAGCAGUGCAAGAAGACCAGAACCAGUUGAAAAAUUGAAGACGAACAAAAUUUUAAAACCUCAAAAAAUGGAACAUGGCUCUAUUAAAAUAAGUGCCGCUCAGUUUGCCGAAGAAGUAGUACAACCACAAUUUACUAAACUUAAACUAAAAAAAUCAACAAUAAAACCAAAACAAGAACCAACAGUCACAUCGCUGCCGAAAAUUCAAUUGAAAAGCCGUAUAAAAUUUUUUACUGAUUGGCCGCCAAAAGAUAUCAAACCUAUUAUUACGUUUUUGGGAAGUGUAAGACAAAACGGUGAGCUGUCGAGAAAUAUAAAAGAAGCAUCAAAAAUAAAAAAGAAAGCUGUUAAAAUAUCAGUACUCCCAGAAUUAGAAAGACCUGUAUUAGAAAAACCAGAAGACUUUAGUUAUGAAUACGUGGAACAACCUUUAGAAAUACCGAAAGGCAUUGAUAAAGAAAUAAACUUACAUGACGAAGAUUUAAAAGAAAAUGAUAAAAAAGAUAAAGACUUCCCUUCAAAACCUGACAUAAUUCAGUUACAAGAAAAUGUAAACUUAAUAAAGAAAAAACCGAAACUGAAACCUAUGCGAAUAGAAGAAAUACAAGUUGAUCAACCUCAGUUUGCAGAACCACAGUUUAAAAACCUUAAAUUAAAAAAAGGUGUUGUCAAAACAAAGCCAGAAGGUUCAGUUGUAAAAAUACCAAAAAUACAUCUUAAAAGUCGCAUAAAAUAUGUAACCGAAUGGCCUCCAUCGAUAAUUAUACCCAAUAUAACACUUUUAAGUGCCAUUCGACAGAACGGAGUUCUUUCUAGAAACAUAAAAGAGGCUGCUACAAUAAAGAAAAAGGUAAUCAAAGAACCGAAAAUGCCAGAUGGUCAUAAAACGGAAUUAGAAAAACCAAUGUUUACCCAUGACGAUAUUUUAGAACCUAGAUCAAAAAUUGAAGAACAGCAAAUAAAAGUUGUCGGAGAAACUAUUGAUAAUGAUGAAACCGAAGAAUAUAUAAACAAGGAUGUAAAAGAGGAACUUACGGAUGAUAUGGAAGAGGAACCUCAGCAUGUGACAAUUAAACCGCGACGUUCGAGUGUUAAAAAAAUUGAAGAAUUAGUUGAUGAAGUAACUAUAAAAAAGAAAUUAAAACCAGUUCGAAAGUCAUCGGUAACACUUCCAGAAAUAACUGAACCGGAAGAAGUUACUUUUAGACCGAAGACUGUUAAAACUAAAGAAGAUGUCGAGCAAGAAUUUAAUAUACAUUUAGAUUCUUAUCUCGAAGAAGAAAUAUCAAUGUCAAGUAAAGUUAAAUUAAAACCCCAAAGGCAACCAACAUUUAACGAAGAAGCUAAUGAAGCUUCCAUAAAAUAUUACAAAGAAAAUGAUGAUGAAGUAGAUGUAGUUGAAAUCAUUGAUAAUGAAGAAAUGGAGGAAAGUUCUAAUAUCACUAUGCCAUUGAAAAAAGCCCCGAAUAAGAAAAUUUCAGUGGAAUAUAUGGACGACGUAGCAGAAAAUAUAUCUUUAUCUAAGAAAAAAAUAUUAGAUAAGAAAACCGAAUUUAUUGAAAAUGUAACAUUUGAAUUGGGUAAAAAAGAGGACUACGUGAUUGAAAAUCAAGAGAUUGCUUUUGAUAUUAAACAUCAAUUAGAUGAAUUUAAGCAAGAAGAAUUAUCUCUAUCAAGUAAUAUAAAGCUCGUACCUAAGAAAAAAGUCACCAUUACUGAAGAGACAGAUGAAACAUCGAUACAAUUGCUUAAAGAAAUUGAAGAUGAUAGCCAAGCAGAGGAAGUUAUUAUUAGUGAUGGCGAAUCAGAAGAAAAUGUAGAAAUGAUAUUUAGGAGAAAACCUAAAAAACCUACUUACGAAGUUAGUGAAGUAGAAGAACAAAGUAUUGAAUUAAAACCAAAAAGAGUCAGCAACAAAAUAUUUGAAGAUGAGGAACUUACUAUAUCGGCAAAGCGCAAACCAAAGAAAUCAGGACCAGUUCAAGAAGCAGAAGCAUCAAUGAGUAUAGCCAAAGAACAAGAAUUUCCCGAAACUCCAAUAAAUGUUCGAUGCGGUGAUACAGUGUUUGCUGUUUAUUCUUACGUCGCAGAGACAGACGAGGCUAUAAAUCUUGUAGAGGGUGAACGAUUAUACAUACUAGAAACUACAAAUCAAGACUGGUGGUAUGUUCGCAAACAUCUCACAGAAGAAAAGGGUUGGGUGCCGGCGCAAUACUUAAUGGACGAAUCGAAUUAUACAUUAUAUCUUCAAAAGAAAUUGAAUGAGAAAAUUGAUAAAUUGCCCGUUUUUGAAAAACCUACUUCUGAGGAACAAGCUAUCGCCCCCAUAUUUAUUGAAAAGCUACGCCCGAAACAUACUCCAGACGGGUCAACAGUACAGUUUGAAUGUCAAGUCGAAGGAUUUCCUAGACCUCAAAUAACGUGGUUUAGACAAACGGCUAUAAUAAAACCAUCCCAAGAUUUUCAGAUGUAUUAUGACGACGACAACGUAGCCACACUAGUGAUUAGGGAGGUGUUUCCAGAAGACGCGGGAACAUUUACGUGUGUAGCUAAAAACGCAGCAGGGUUUGCUUCGAGCACCACUGAAUUAAUAGUCGAGGCACCACUAUCUGAUCAUGGUUCUGAAAUGACAAUUCUUUCUAGAAAGAGUUUAUCUAGGGAAUCGUCAUUAGCGGACAUAUUGGAAGGCAUUCCACCAACAUUUUCAAAAAGGCCAAAGGCACAAUACGUUGACGAAGGCUCACAAAUUUUCUUAGAGUGCAGGCUAGUCGCUAUUCCCGAACCCGAUAUCGCUUGGUUCUUUAAAGGAGAAGAAAUAAUGACAAAUGAUAAUAUUUCGAUAGCUACAGAAUCCGAUAUGCACAUGUAUUGUAGUGUACUAAGAAUAUCUAACGUUAAAAAAUAUCAAGAAGGCACAUACACAGUACUUGCAAUCAACAGGGAAGGCGAAGCCAGCUUACCAAUAGUUCUAAAAAUUAAAACUGGUGAAAAGGAAAAACCACAAGUAAUAGAGCCUCUCAAGAGUAUGACUAUAAGAGAAGGAGAAAGCGUCGUCUUAGCAACUCAAGUAGUUGGGACUCCGGAACCGAAAGUUUCGUGGUAUAAAAAUAAUAAACCCAUUAAAACACUUACACAAAAAACCGAUGGAGAUAUGCACUCUAUAUCUAUCAUAAAACCGAAGAAAGGCAAAGACGACGGUUUGUACACUCUUAAGGCGAUGAACUCGGAAGGAUCUGCUGAAACCAGCGCUGUAAUAACUAUUGAAGAACCAACCGAAGAAAAUGAGGAACCACCUCUCUUUAUCAAUAGAUUCCAAGAAUUAACAGUCCGAGAAAAGGGUACGAUCAUAUUGAACGCAAAGGUCACAGGUAAUCCUAUACCAUUAGUAACAUGGUACAGAAACAAUCAAAUUCUUACUCCUAAUGAAACUGUCACACAAAACUUUGAUGGUGAAAAUAUUGAACUCGUCAUUAUUAAUGUCGAUUCAGAAAUAGAUUCCGGCGACUAUAAAUGUGUCGCAGCAAACACUGCCGGUAAGGCAUCUCACGGAGCCCGAGUCACCAUAGAUGUGGAUAAGGUGACAUUUGUCAGAAACCUUAAGAAACAAUAUGAGAUACAAGAGGGUAAAACAGUUAUAUUAGAAUGUGAAACGUCUCACACCGUAUCCACAAAAUGGUAUCAUAAUGACAAAGAACUGAGUGGAAUGGAUCACAGGGAAAUAAUACAAGAGAGUCGUAUCCACAAAUUGAGAAUCAAGAAAUCCAAAUUGUCCGACAAAGGAAUAAUUAGGUGCGUGGUUAAGGGGCAAGAAACAAGCACAAACCUGAUCGUCCACGAAACGUUACCAGAGUUCAUUCGUAAAUUGCAAGACUUCGAAGUUAAAGAAAGGGACAUUGCGAUACUUGAAGUCGAAAUCAACUCUGAAACAGCCGAUGUUGUUUGGGAAAAAGAUGGUGAAACGAUUAAAGCUAAAAGGCAUAAAUACGACCUUGAAAAGCGUGGUAAUAUCAGGAAACUGUUUAUAAGAAAUACGUCUGUUCACGAUGAAGGUGAAUAUACUUGCAAAUUGCGCGAUGAUGCAUGUACUGCCGAAGUGACCGUAGUAGAGUUGCCGCCGGAGAUAAUCAAACGACUUCGAGAUCAGAAAGUUAACAGGGGUAACAAAGCUACAUUCGACAUCGAGCUCACAAAAGGUGAUGCGCUUGUUAGAUGGUUUAAAGACGGUGCUGAGUUACAGUUCUCGAAUCAUAUUCAGCUUACGAUAGACGGGAAAAAACAAAAAUUGAAAAUAUACGAUAGUGAGAAAAGCGAUGAAGGCGAAUAUACAUGCGAAGUUGGGAAUGAUAAGUGUACGGCUAAACUUUUAGUUGAAGAACCAUCAGUUGACUUUACGUUGAGACUUCCCGAAGUAGUUGUUAUACCUGCUAACACCGAUGCGUACCUGACAAUCGAAGUACCCGAAGAUAGCCUUACGGUAACUUGGUUCAGAAGGAAGACCAUGCUUGAAGAUUCAGAGAAGUUUACGCUAAUAACGGAUGGUAAAAAACGUACUCUCAUAAUAAGACGUUGCACGGAGGAUGACCAAUGCGAAUAUUCGUGUCAAUUAAUGGACACCAGGUGUACCACUAGACUGAAAGUAGAAGUGAUUGAGUUUACGCCUAAAAUUUUGGACUACGAGAAGAUAUAUAGGGUGAAAAGAGGAGGUGAUGUCACGCUCUAUGUUCAGUAUGAAGCUAACCCCCAGCCUAACGAUGAGUGGGUAGUCAAUUCGAAAAUUAUUAAAAAGUCUAAGCACACUAAACCCUUUAUAGACUCUAUGUCAGCAAGUCUUACUAUCAAGAAAAUAGAACACUCCGACGCCGGUUCAUACAAAUUAAGGCUUGAAAAUAAUUGCGGCGUAGUAGAAAUUGAUAUUGAAGUCAUUGUUUUGGACAUAUCUUCACCACCGGGAAAACCUCGCGUAUUGGAUGUGGACGACAGCUCUGUUAGCAUCUUUUGGUCGGAGCCCAGUGACAAAGGUUUCUCCGAGAUCGAGUGUUACAUAGUCGAAUAUCAGGAGCAAAAUACAACGGAAUGGCUGUCGAUAGAAAAUAUUCAAAAGACUCAAUACUGCGUCAAGAAUCUUAAAACAAUGUCAACGUAUAAAUUCAGAGUUUUCGCUGUAAACGAAGUUGGCGUAAGCGGAUCGUCCGAAACGACUGAGUACAUCCGCGUCGAGAGAGUGAUGGAGAAUCAGCCUCCGACCUUGAAGAAACCUUUAAUGGACGUCAUAGGCGGACCCGGUGAUGAUGUCGAACUUACUUGCAUUUUCGGAGGUCUUCCAGAACCAAAGGUCACAUGGUACAAAAACGGUAAACAGUUAAAAACAGCCAAAGCGACGUACGUCAACAGAGUCGCGACAUUAGUGGUCACGGCGGCAAAGACUACUGAGGGGUUAUAUAAGUGCGUUGCGACUAACGAUUACGGUGAAAUAGACACGUCUUGCUCGCUGGAAAUUCGACAGAAACCGACUGUUGUCGUGGCAGACGAAGAAGUCGCUCAGAAACAUGCGGUCGGUGAACGCUGGUCGGUGACGGCGGUCAUCAGUGGUAUACCGAGGCCGGAUGUCGUGUGGUAUAGGAACGGGUCCAGGGUAGAUAUUACGGAGGAUGUUGAGAUUGUAACUGAGGAUACUUCCAGCCUGAUAAGAAUAUCGACUCUACAAAGGUCUCAUGCCGGCAAAUAUACAGUAGAGGCUGUGAAUAAGGCUGGAACUGCAUCAGCAGAAACCACUCUAAAAGUUUACGACAAACCAAGCAAACCGGAAGGUCCCGUGAUAAUGAGAGAAAUAAGUCGAGAGUCUGUUACAAUAGAAUGGAAGCCUCCCCUCGACGAUGGCGGGUUGGAUCUGAUCAAGUAUGCUAUAGAGAAGCACGAGCCAGAGUUAGACCAAUGGGUCAAGGUGGCUGAUGUUGACAAGAACAUAGAAACGUACUGCAUUCAGCGGUUGAAUGAGAACUGCGAAUACAUGUUCCGAAUAAUGGCGCAGAAUCCGAUAGGAGUGUCCGAUGCCUUGGAGAGUGAGCCAAUUGUUAUCAAAAACGCCCUAGAUGUGCCAUCGCCGCCAAUCGGUCCGCUCGGGUUUUAUGGUAUUGACAAUGAUUCUGUCACCAUCACAUGGUACCCCUCCGAGAAGAACGGUGGGUCGGCUAUUUUAGACUAUUCCAUUGAAAUCAAGCAAGAAGGCAAGAAGUGGAAACACGUAGCCACAUCGUUGGUGACAUCCGCAAAAAUCAGUAAAUUGUCGGCGGGCACUACGUACUCGUUCAGGAUAUGCGCUAGGAAUGAAAUUGGCACAAGCUUGCCGUACGAGUCUGAUGAGAAGAUUACCAUCGGCAAGACUUUGUCGCCUCCGUCGCGCCCGCAGCACGUCGUCAUACGAGAGACGACGUCGCGCUCCGUCACGCUGCAGUGGAUGGCGCCGGAGAGCGACGGCGGCAGCGUUGUCACCAAUUACAUUAUCGAAUACAAGACCGUGAAGGGUAAAUCUUGGUCUAAAGUGGUGACGGUGAUGGGGACGGUUUUCGAGCGCUGUAUAGAAAACAUCAAGGAAAAAGACGAACUACUGUUUCGCAUAUCGGCCGAGAACGUGGUGGGAGUCAGUCUGCCUACUGAAUCUGAGACCGUUCGCCUGGAGAAGUAUGCAACUGUGCCGUCACCGCCCACCGGCCCCCUAGAAAUCCGGAUGAUGGGCAACAUUGUUAUGACGUCAUGGGGAACACCCGAGUGGGACGGCGGCGCCCCUCUGUUGGGCUACCACAUCGCCAUCCGCGACGUCACCAAAACUAUGUGGAUGGAAGUUGGCAAAAUGGACGUCCAUAGCCUCAAGUUCAACAUAAAGGACCUCAGCGAGAACCAUACUUACAUGAUUCGGAUAUACGCGAGGAACGAGAUCGGCCUCAGCGAGCCGCUCGAAUCGGUGGAGCCCUUUAAAGUGAUCCCCUGCGAAGAUUCUCAAAUCGACGAGGAGCCCGGCGAGCAGACGGAGGUUACUGAGCCAACCUCCUUCAGUACGCAGACUACGACCUCCUGGCUCCGAGAUCACAACAUGGACGCCGACAUACGUUCCUAUGCGCGAGGCUCUCUCCUCCGCCGAGACGAAUACUUCUUUAGGAUAUGGCAUUACGCGAAACAACUCUUCAAAUAAUAAGCAGCUUUCAAGAUUUGCUUACCGCAGAGCCUAACUUUUAUUAAUAGACAGUGCAGUAAUCGUUUCCUCGUCAGUCAUCGAUCGGUGGCCGUGAUGACGUCGCGUUACUCUACUGUCGAACCGGCACUGCUCGCCUGUGAUAUUACAUGUCUCGUAGUACGCGGAUAGACUAUUUAUUGUUCACAAUUGUUUUAUGUAUAGCCGGUAUUUAUUAUUUAAGAUAAUUUAUGAAAGUCUGAUCGUGUCGCGGCGGGCCAAUCGGGAGACGUCAAUAUAGGUGCACAUAUGAGGCCCGCGCCGCCGGUCAGGCUCUAUUUGUACUCAAAUGUUUAUAAUAAAUUAACAAUUAAUACGA